AGGGGCCGUGAGGGAGGAGAAUGGAUCGGGCGGGCGGGCGGCCGGGCGGCGCUGGGCUGAGCUGAGCCGCCGCGGGGAAGUCGUUGUGCUCGGGGUCGGGGCGGGGAGGCGGCUGGGGAAGGAGGGCCAGGGCGGCGGCGGCGGCGGCGGAAGCAGCAGCAGCGAGAAAGCCGGUUGGCGGGGCGUCUCCUCAGGCUGGGUCUCUCCCGCUUUGCGGAGGGAAGGGGGCAGGCGGAGGCGGCGGCGGAGGCGGAGGAGGAUGGAGCAAGAGGAGAUCCUGAGGAAAUUCAUCCAGCGAGUCCAGGCCAUGAAGGACACCGACCACAAUGGGGAGGAUAACUUCGCCGCCGACUUCAUGGUACGCCGGGUUUGGGGGGUGGGGAGAAGGCGGGGGAGAAGGUCGUGCGUAUUGAAUUCCGUCUCUGGUGGGGCGAGGAGAGGGCGGGGCGCCCUGUCAGGCGAUGCCGUUGACCUCCCCCUCCCCCCCUCCGUGAAGGUGCAUCCUGGCCUGUCCCCCCCCCAUCAUAUCGCGCCCCCCCGGGUCCGUGUGGAGAGAAGAAGGGAGCUGGAAGGAGCCUGCAGGGCUGCAUCCUUCCCCCGCUUCCCUCCCGAGAAAGCCUCUGGCGUGAAUGGGCUCCCUCAGCUUUUCUGGAGGGCUGCUGGUGCUCCAUGUGGCGGGGAGGCUUCCGCGAUGCCCGUGGCAUGGUGAGGGGCUGCUGCCAUUGUGCUUGCGAUCCCACCCUUCCUCUCUCUCCCCCCCCCCAAACACCCUGCCCGCCGCUUCCACAAAUAGAAAUGUAAGAAGCCAGAGGGGAGAUUCCUUAUCUCCUUUCUCCUUCUCCCCAGUUCUGCGAAGCAAUCCUGCUCCAGGUAAAGUGCUCUCUCUGCAUAUACAACACAGUAGCAUCUUGGGGUUGCAGCGGGCAUUUAUCGAAAUUUCAGUUCCCGGUUCCUAUUUUUGUAUUCUACUGCAAAACCUCUGUGCUUUCCUUGGAGCCAGUCCUCUUGCCAACAUCAUCUCUUCCCUCCCCUUCAAAAUCUCCAGCAGCAUCCACAUUCUUUUAUCCUUGCAGCCAUUUAUUGGUAGGCUUAUCUCUGUGUACAUAGAUAACGGCUUAUGACCAUAUUUAUCCAAAUGGAUCGUUACAGCUCCUUCAUUUUUGCUUCACUCUGCCGGCUGGCGGAUGACGGUUAGCUGUAAUUCUGAAAACAAUGUAGCUUCUUAUAAAGGUUGUCGCAAAUGUUUAAUAUCGAACAGCAAGCCUUUGGCAAGGAAGGGCUUUUUGGUUAACCCAACUGGAAAUAUUAUCGUGCGCCUUCAUUUCAUUUUUGUUCUAUUCGCUUCGGGGUAGAAGCAUUCUGGUUAAGCUCUGGUUGAGCUGAUGGCUUCAGAGCACAAAAAUUCUGAUGCAAGUGACAAAUAAGAGGUUUCCUGAAAUAUAGGGAGGUGUCUACAGGAUAUUGCGAAAGACCAAGGGGCUGUUGAAAGUUGUUUCAGGUCUGAGGCAUGGAAGAGGAAGUGGGCUUUAGGAAGCGGUUUCCUCAUCCCGGAUGGGGAGACAUGGGAAAGAGGAAUGGCUCUUCUGGCUGAAAGGGUUCUAUUGUUCUUGAGGUAAAUAGAAAAGGAUUUGAAAGGAGGGGAAAGCUUGCAUGUUUUACUUGACUUGAAGUAGUUACCCUGAUGCACAUUCCGUAAGGCUUUAAACUUCACUGGUUUGGAGUAUCUACUGCUUAAAGCUGAGUGUAGAGGUGUGUUUAAUUACAGUUCUUACAUUUUUUUUGUAUAGAACAUGAAAUGCACAAAUAUUACUAUUUCCUGUGAAACACCAAAUAAAUGGGAUUGACUAUGACUGUUCUCUUAACCAGUUGCAGUGUUCUUAUAAAAAACUCAACAAAUCCCUUAUUGGAAUAAGGAAACAUUUGUCUAGCUCUUAACUUAGUGUUCAUUAGUUAAGUGCAUGAAAAUUGAACAAGAGGACUUGGCUUGUUAGUACUGUCUCUUUCCUGAAUUUAUACAGCAAGAAGGAAUGAAAGUGCUAAUGUGGGUGGACUUGGUUCCGGGUGUGAUGCCAGAUGGUUGCUUUAGUACUGUAAAUGCACUGUUGUAAAACAAACUUACUGAAACUGGCUGAUGCUUUUACUGAAACGGACUCUUCCUUUUACGUAACCUGUCCCUGUAAUAAAAUAACACUUAAUAAUCUGUCUCCUAAUCACAUCAAAGAUUGUUCUGUAUUGAAAUGUGGAGGUGUAGGGCAAAUGAUUUAUAUACUACAGUUCAACCAAUUGGUUCCCAGCAUGGUUCAGAACAAAAUGUCUUUUAAAGAUGUAUUGGCUGUAUAUAGGCUUGCAUUUUCAGAGCUAGUGUAAGUUUCCUUUGACGAAAUUUAAUAUCUUCAAUUCACAUUCUCCUAUGCCUGUGUGCUGUUUUGAACACUCUUGCCCAAACAAUCCACACAUAGUCACUUUUAUUAAAGGGUUUACAAGAUCCUGCUUUCUUCUGACUUUGUAUGCUACUCUUUCCUUAAGACUUUUAUUUCACUUUCCCUACUUCUUUUAGGGCAGGGGUGCCUAACCCGUAGCCUGUCAGAUGUUAUUGGACUCCAACUCCCAGCAGCCUCAGCUGGCACAGCCAGUGGUCAGGGAAUGUGGAAACUGCUGAAAUGGGAAAGUAUUUGUCAGAAACCUGUAAUACAGCUGGGAGGAAGCCUGUCUAAUCUCAAUAGGGAGGAGUUCCAGAGGACUGGGCCUGCAGUGGGAGCUACAAGCCUCUGAACAUUGGGAGACCACUAACAGAUUAUAAGGUAUCAGGUGUUCUUGGCAAGGUAAUGGUCACAGAGGGGUCAUCCCAUAGCAGAGAGAUCGAAACAGAGUGGUGGCCUCAACCAGUCACAGGACAAGAAGGGCCCUCCCUUGUAGAUCUUAAAACAUGGGGACACUGGUAUAGGGAGAGAUGUUCCUAAAGUAUUGUCCCAGUGUUAGAAGCUCAGAUAUAUAAACUAAUUUGUGCUAAAUGACACCUUAAACCAAGCUUGUAGUUGCCACGAUGGAAUGUAUAGGAGCCUUUUUAUUUACAAUGAAAUUUAUUAUUAUUACUAUUAUUAUUCAUUUAAUUUCUAUACCACUUUGUAUUUUAAAGAAAAAUUAUAAAAGCAGUUUACAACACGAUGAUGAUGAUGAUGAUGAUGACAACAAUAAUAAUAUUAAUAACAUUUUAUUUAUACCCUGCCCAUCUGGCUGGGCUGCCCCUGCCACUCUGGGCGGCUUCCAUCACAUAUAAAAUCAGGAAAUCAUUAAAACAUCAAAGAAAACAAUCCAGAAUAAAACAGAUUCAAACUUAAAGGAAAAUAUUUCAGAUCCUUCUUUAAGUGACAUUUUGCUUUCCCCGUAUUUAUUUACCUACUUAAUUUAUAUAGCCCCAUAGCAGUACUGUAUGAAGCCAGUGUGCUGCAGUGGUUAGAGUGUUGGACUAGGACGGGGUCAGCAACCUUUUUCAGCCGUGGGCUGGUCCACCGUCCCUCAGACCAUGUGGUGGGCCAGACUACAUUUUUUGGUGGGGGGGAUUAACAAAUUCCUAUGCCCCACAAAUAACCCACAGAUGUGUUUUAAAUAAAAGCACACAUUCUAUUCAAGUAAAAACAUGCUGAUUCCUGGGCCGGACUGAGAAGACGAUUGGGCUGCAUCCGGCCCCCGGGCCUUAGGUUGCCUACCCCUGGACUAGGACCUGGGAGAUCAGGGUUCAAAACCACACUCAGUCAUGAAGCUCACUGGGUGGCCUUGGGCCAGUAACAGCCUCUUAAUGUAUUUCACAGGGUAGGGAUUAAUUGAGAAGCAGUGCUAGAAACUCCACAGGCACCAGGUGCAUUUUGCAACUGGCACGGGUCCAAUUGUGACGAUGUGGAGAUCUCUGGAUGCCAUGUUGGCAACUGACAUCUUCAUCUGGCUGGCUUCUCCAACUUUCUUAAGCAGCUAAGCAGAAGAGCUUAUUUAUUGCAUUUAUAACCCACCUUUUUCUCCAGUGAGUACAUGGUUCAUCCCCCUCUUCGUUUAAGCCUUACAACAACCCUGUGGGGUAGGUUAAGAGGCUGUGACUGGCCCAAGAUCACCCUGCGAGCUUCAUGACUGUUUUGGUCUGCUACCACUAUCUUUAGUAAACACUCCUGCCAAUUGUUCUAACAGAAAAAGCAUACCACUGCUGAGAGCCUUGUGCCUGCUGGUGUACCUAUUUUAGUUCUGGCAAUGCGGUCAUUACACCUAGUUUGAAAGGUGUCUUUAUAUUCCUUCAUAUAGCGAAUUACUCAUGGUUUCAAUUUUACAUCGCCAAACUAGCAUUGUUCCUGAUUGGUAACUUCAGUUGCCCUGCAGGCUCUGAUUUUGGCAGAUACUGGCUGAAGAAGCACAGUAUGGAGUCUUCAUUGCUGCCUCUGCUAUCAGAUAAUUCAGUGGUGGCUUCCCGCUUGUGGAAUGCUUUCCCCAGGGUGGCAUGCUUGAUGCCAUCUUAUUUUUAGGUCCUAGGCAAAGACUUCUCUUUAUCUGAGCUUUUUGGCUUUUAAUUUGAAGGUCCUGUUGUGGAUUGGGAUCUGUAUGUUUAUAGCUCUGUUUUUAGAUUUUGAUUGGUUCUUCUUAAUUGGUAAGUUGCUAUGGGUCACUCUGUGAGAAAAGUGGCUAACAAAUAUAAGAAAUAAAUAAAAUGUGUAGAUUGUCGUCCUACUUAAAAGCUUGAUUUUAUAAAGGGGUGGUAUUCAACUAAUCAUUACUUGGGGUAGAGCCAUUGAAAUGGAAGGAUCUAAGGCAGUCAUGUUCAUUAAUUUCAGUGAGUCUACUCUAAUAGUUAGUUGAAUGCUACUUAAAGUAUUUUUAAGUCAAGUAUGAUCUCAGUAAAGUUAGCAAUUUCACUAGCUUCAGGCUCUAAUCAUUAUCUGAGGUCCCACUUGGUUCCUUCAUUCCUCUGAAGCAUAGCUGGCAGUAAUGAGGGCUAAUUCUAUGGAAUUCAAAUAAUAAUGAAUGAAACACAAUAUAAGAAAUAAACAAAAUUCACAGACAUGCUGUGGAAUACCUAAAUGAAGUUUGCAGAGCACAGUUUUGGAACCCCUUGACUACGGCUAUCUUGUAGUGGCAUCCACUAUGUGAAUUUUUUUGCCAAGUAAGGUCUGUAUGGCCCCAUCACUGUUUUGUGUUAGGGGACUGCUAAAAUGUGGCUGUUUAAAAAUGGCUUUGGCUGAUUAUUUGUUCUUCUGAUGAGUUUACCGUUUUGGUUUGGCAGUUGUGGAGAAUUGAAUCCAUGGGUUUACAUUUGGAAUAGUUGGCCAGUUUGUUGGAUGGCUGUGGUAUAUAGUAGCCAAAUUAAUAUAUUCUAUUGUGUAUUUCAUUAAGGACUCUGAAUUACUGAAAAAAGAUGACUCAGAAUAAUAGAAUUGUAGAGCUGGGAGGGAUCCUGAGCACCAUCUACUCCAGUUCUCUGCAAUGCAGAAAUAUGCAGCUGUGUAGAGUUCAAACAUGUAACCUUGAUAUUAUAAGCACGAUGCUCUAACUAACUUGUUUCACAUUGAUUUACUUCCUAGUUUGCUUUCUAAAUGCAUGCUUUCUAAUCUGGAACUGUUGUAGUUCCAUGUCGGUAUUGGAUUUGAUGGCUAGGCUAGUUCAGCAUUUCUAAAGGUUAGUUGAUAGAUUCCGAAUCUGAAUUUUUAAUGGCUACUCAACAUUUGAAAGCAAGUUGUCUAACUUCAUCCUGGAGUCUGCAGGUGAGAAAAUAAAAGUGCUCACUCCAGAGCUAAUUACUAUUCAGGUCAUCACUCCACCAAAACAUGUUUUUUAGCUUACUGAUGAUAAACUCUUAUGCAAAUGAUCAGCAUGAUCCUCAGAACCUGUGUGAUUGGGUUCUGGAGAAGGGUGGGUUAAUGGGAUCUCUCUGUGGAAGGCCUGACCAGACUUCUUAUUGGAAGUAAUGUCCAGAUACUUUGCAGUGUCCUUGCCUCUAGUAACGGGCACUGUAGUGCAGUUGUGCGUAGGAGUCAUGAUGAAUUGUCCUUGAUGUGGUUUUAUAUACACGGUUGCAGAAUACAUGUAAAAUAUUUCAUAGUGCUUCAUGGUGUUGUUGUGGAACAGCGAGCUGUAGAAUUAACACACUCAUCCAUAAUGGGAAGGCGAGAGAGCUCUUGUGACUUGGAAUAAUAGACGUUAAGCAUGAUUAUACAUUGACUAACGGCAGAUCUGGAGAAGGAUGAAAUGAAUUGCUACCAGGGUGGAUUUGAUUUACCGUAUUUUUCGCUCUGUAAGACGCACCAGACCACAAGACGCACCUAGUUUUUGGAGGAGGAAAACAAGAAAAAAAAUAUUCUGAAUCUCAGAAGCCAGAACAGCAAGAGGGAUCGCUGUGCAGUGAAAGCAGCAAUCCGCCUUGCUGUUCUGGCUUCUGGAUAGCUGCACAGCCUGCAUUCGCUCCAUAAGACGCACACACAUUUUCCCUUACUUUUUAGGAGGGAAAAAGUGAGUCUUAUAGAGCAAAAAAUACGGUAAAUCAGUAGUCAGUAAGACUUGAUUUAAAUCACUUUUUUCUUUUUUACAGAAAGACUCAUUCUUGCUGGUAUAAGGUUUCAUUUUUGGAAUAAUAAAUUUUCAGAGUAGUUUUUACAGCUAUAUCAAAAAUUACUGAUUUGGUUAUACUAUUAGAAAUACAUAGACAGUUAAUUAUGAAAAUAUUGGGAGGUUUAAUAAGUUAACUAUUUAUAGGGGCUAUAUCUCCCUGGCAUUGGAGAGGCUGGCCUUCCUUUGUCUAGGGGGUGAGGGGGAGACAUACAGUUGGUAGGUCUAGGCUGGAACAGGCUUGCAGAAAGAAGCUGGAAAAGGGGAACCGAGGACUGGAGCGGAGAACGUCGGGAAUUCCUGCUGCAGGAGACUUUAUUGUUUGGACAAUGUCAGGCGAGCCCUGGGAAGCAGGGCCUGGAACCAGUGAACUCUUAUUAGUUGACUGGCAAGUACUUCAAGGUCUUGCCAAGGACUUACAGAUCCCAGUUACUGUUUCCACCACCACCCCUUUGGAUUUGCUUCUAUAUUCAGGUGCCUAUUCUGUACAGUUAAGUGUUAGUGCAGUUGUUGGAACCCAGUGGGAUUGGGAAGAGGUUGCCAGCCCUGAAGUGACUUCAGCAUUUGCCUCAAGUCUGAGUUGCACAGACAUGCAACUGACUUGCGCUAUUAUUACACAAAGAUCCCAAGACUUGUGGAGUAUUCUGCUCACAAGGUUGCACUUUCAUUUUUACUGCUUCACACUUACCUCCUUGUGCAAGAUCUAUUCCACUCCAAACAAUCUAUUGGAACUCUUGUAAUUUAGCAUUUAAGAGGUAAGGGGCUGAUUCUGUGUAUAUAAUUUGCAAAGGAACAAUGGGAUUAAGGUUUUCCUCUCAACUCUGUAUGUUUAUUUUAAAACAUUUUUCCUGUAAAGAAAGGCAUGUUAUCUCUGCAGACACAAAUUCAUGCUUUUGAGAACUGCAAAAACAAGCAUCUGUGAUAAUAUCUUCUCAUUAGAAAAACUGCCCCAAAUAAUCUUACAGAAACCUCUGGAAGAGCAUGACAUUGUGAAUGGAUUAAUGGAAUUCAUUUACCAAAAAAUUUAAACAUUGCAUAUAAAGCCUCAUGCUACAUAAUUAAAAACAUCCUAUUUUCCUGAUGAAUAGCCUUUGGAGUAUAAUGUAAUUUAAAUAGAAAACUUUCUUUAGAAAGAUUUUUCCUCCAAAAGCAUUUUAUUUUAAUAAAUCCAAUUUAAAUAAAAAAACUGAUUUAAAUAAAAAAGCUUUUUUAUAUUUUUUUAUUAAAAAAACAUUUAUUUUUUUAACCCCCCCCCCCCCAGAUUUCUGAUAUAAAACUGUUUGCACACCUUGUAUGGCUUCUUGUAACUUCUCUUUUUUUAAAAAAAAUGAUAUUUAUUAAGGUUUCAAAGAAAAGAAUUACAUAAAUAAAGAAGGAGGAAAAAAAAACAAAAAAAGACAAAAAUAAAAAUACAAGAAAAAUACAAAAUACAGAAAAAAGAAUAAAAAACACUUUAAAAAUACAUCAAUCUUUCCAUGCCUUACAUUCAUUUCCUUGCUUCCCUGACCUCCUCAUACCUCCCUUUUUUGUAUUCCAAUUCAGUUAGUUAAUUCAGCAAUUUCUUUCCCUCUUUAUUUUAUCUUAAUCCUUUAACUUAAUAUAUUAUAACUUUGGAUUCUCAACUGUUAACAGUCCAUUUUUACAUACACCUUUAUAACAUUGCUGCUUAAAUCACUUAACUUCAUUCUAACAUCAUUCUAACAUUCAUUAAUUUUGCAAUAUUUCUGUAGAUAGUCUUUAAAUUUCUUCCAAUCUUCUUCCACCGACUCUUCUCCCUGGUCUCGGAUUCUGCCAGUCAUUUCCGCCAAUUCCAUGUAGUCCAUCACCUUCAUCUGCCAUUCUUCCAGAGUGGGUAGAUCUUGUGUCUUCCAAUACUUUGCAAUAAGUAUUCUUGCUGCUGUUGUAGCAUACAUAAAGAAAGUUCUAUCCUUCUUUGGCACCAAUUGGCCGACCAUGCCCAGGAGAAAGGCCUCUGGUUUCUUCAGAAAGGUAUAUUUAAAUACCCUUUUCAUUUCAUUAUAAAUCAUCUCUCAGAAAGCCUUAAUCCUUGGGCACGUCCACUAAAGGUGAAAGAAUGUACCUUCAGUUUCUUUACAUUUCCAACAUUUAUUAUCGGGCAAAUGAUAGAUUUUUGCCAGCUUGACUGGUGUCAUGUACCACCUAUAUAUCAUUUUCAUAAUAUUCUCUCUUAAGGCAUUACAUGCCGUAAACUUCAUACCAGUGGUCCAUAACUGUUCCCAGUCAGCCAUCAUUAUGUUAUGUCCAACAUCUUGUGCCCAUUUAAUCAUAGCAGAUUUCACUGUUUCAUCCUGUGUAUUCCAUUUCAACAGCAGGUUAUACAUCUUUGACAAAAUCUUAGUUUUGGGUUCUAGCAGUUCUGUUUCUAAUUUUGAUUUUUCCACCUGGAAGCCAAUUUUCUUGUCCAAAUUGUAUGCCUCCAUUAUCUGAUAAUAAUGAAGCCAGUCUCGCACUUUGUUUUUAAUGUCUCAAAACUCUGCAAUUUCAGUCUAUCUCCCUCUUUUUCCAAAAUUUCCCAAUAUUUCAGCCAUUUGACCUCCAUAUUGAGCUUUUUCUGAGCUUUCGCUUCCAUCGGUGACAGCCACCUUGGGGUUUUGUUUUCCAAUAGGUCCUUAUAUCUUAUCCAGACAUUAAACAAUGCUUUCCUGACAAUAUGGUUUUUAAAUGCUUUGUGUGCUUUGACCUUAUCAUACCACAAAUAUGCAUGCCAUCCAAAUACAUUAUUAAAACCUUCUAAAUCCAAAAUGUGUUUUCAAGAAGCAGCCAUUCUUUCAACCAGCAAAAAGCUGCUGAUUCAUAAUAAAGUUUAAGGUCUGGCAGGGCAAAUCCACCUUUUUCCUUUGCAUCUGUUAGUAUUUUAAAUUUUAUUCUAGGCUUCUUGCCCUGCCAGACAAAUCUAGAAAUAUCUCUCUGCCACUUCUUGAAACAGUCCAUUUUGUCCAAAAUUUGCAAUGUUUGAAACAAAAACAACAUUCUAGGCAAUACAUUCAUUUUUAUCGCAGCAAUACGGCCCAGCAGUGAAAGCUUCAAAUUUGACCAAAUUUCUAAAUCUUUUUUUCACUUCAGCCCAGCAUUUUUCAUAAUUGUCUUUGAAUAAAUUCCCAUUUUUUGCUGUCAUGUUAAUCCCCAGGUAUUUCACUUUCUUAACCACUGUUAAACCUGUCUCAUUCUGAAACCUCUCUCUCUCAAUCGGUCUUAAAUUUUUCUCUAAGACCUUAGUUUUUGACUUAUUCAGUUUAAAUCCUGCAGCCUGACCAAAUUCUUGAAUCAGUUCCAAAACCCUUUUAGUACUAGAUUCUGGCUCCUGUAACGUCAAUACUAAGUCAUCUGCAAAUGCUCUCAACUUAUACUGUUUAGCUCUGACUUGUAUGCCUUUAACCAAUUGGUCCCUUCGGCUUCUUGUAACUUCUCUAGUGUUAGUGGCCACAGCUGUAUUUUUACUGAUAACAAAUGAGUCCUAGUAGCACUACACCAAAGCAUGCAUUUACAUGGUAGGAGCAAACUGCAUACUAAAUAGCAUGUGGGCGUAGCCAAAAUACGUUUGAUAGUACCUGGGCUUCUAGAAUUGCAAAAUAAAAAUGGAUUUACCUUGUGAAUUUCAUUGAUUGUUUCCCAUAAGGGAACGUGCUAUUGAAGCUAAAUGGUAUUUUCUAUCAGGGGGAAAAAAAUGUGCAGAAAAACUAAUUAUUUGGAUUUGAAGCUGGGUGAUAUUGCUCUUCUGCAGGUUCAUGCAUUUUGAACCAAAUGUUCCAGACUUUAACAACUGCCUCAGAAUGAAGGAAGUGAUCUGCACAUCCUAAGAUUAAACUUCCCUCCCUGUAUUAUUUGGGGAGGUUUCAGGAGGGAGAGACUCGGAAAACAGAUUUUCCUUUCCUCAGAGCUCCAGAACCCUCCCAUAUGAGAUACAGUAAUAAAACACAGAUUGGCAAUCAGCACCCAAACUGAACUCUUCAGUACUUUACAGCAUGGGAGUGUGCAGGGAGAGAGAAAAGGAGGUCCUCCUCUCCCAAUGUAAGCCCUAAACAGUGCUACACGGCUCCUGGUCUUGGCUGGAGCUCUGAAUAGGAGCCAAUCCUAUUGGAUGUACAGUAAAGUAUUGUUGCAGCUCUCCACUUGAUAGUUAAUCUUAAACAGUUUAAUAUACAGGACAGGAAUUCACAGUUCAAAUGAAUUCCAAAUGACUGCCUCAAGUCAUGCAGAAAAAAGGUAAACAGAAGAGCAAGAUAAGCCCAUGCCUACUAAAUUUGUGCAGAUAAUUAUGCUGAAAAUAAGACGAUAACUAGGUCUCACUUACAUAGUGAAGGAAACAGAGGCCGCCAUGGCAGCCCAGACUGCAUUUGGAUGCUUGUGCUGUGAGAAGUAGCAGACAGCCAUUUGUGCAUGCCAUAGAUUGACCCAUACACAAAAUACCCUUUGCAUUGACAAGUUGCAUGCUGGAGAGAAGCUUCAAAGAAGAGACUUGAUAAUGUAUCCAGAAGUAAUUUAUACUUGCAUCAGGCAACCAGGCAAGUGGUUAUUUGCAAGCCUGUAGUAAAACACAGGACAUCGUCGUCUCUUUCCAACAGAUAACCACAAUACAUAUUUAAGCUGGUGUCCCUUGAUUAUAUAACUUUUUAUAUAAGAAGCAAGAAUUAAUAGUUUGUUUGAAUGCCUCCAUGACAGGACCAUAGACCACAAAGCAUGUGACAUUUUUUAUGUUAAAAAAUACCUGACCAAUCUUGAUAUGUACAGGUACAGUCAUUGGGAGGUGGUUAAAUGUGUUAAAAUAUUGAUGUUUUAAAGUUUUCUUUUACGUAACAGGUUCUGUGAUUAUGUUAAUGAAGAGUGGGUUAGAAUUACUCUAAAUAAAUAUGAUUGUGUGAAGUUACCCAAGGAGGUGAUCAACCAUAUAAAAAUAUGAUAUGGCAUUUCGAUGAAGAAUUCAACAUCUGGAAAACUGUAGCACAUAUUUUACCAAUCAGAUAACUAGCUCUUAUAUACUUUCAAAUCUGCCUUUAUGACCGUAUAUUCUUCUUGUGGCAGGAUUUUUUUGGGGUGUGUGUGUGUGAAAUCUCCAAAGCUUCACUAGAAUUCCUAGUAUAGUGCUACUGAAAUGUAUCAAAAUUGAUCAAAAAUUGUAUUAUUGACAAUCUGACUUUGCAUAUACAACUAAAACAGUGGCUCUGAAGAAAACAGCAUUCUUGCUUUGUCUUUUAGAUGAUGCACCCAUGUGCCACAAGCAUAAUCUCAGAUGCAUUCUCUCUUGGGUGAGAGGAAGGGGGGAUGCGUCUUCUAAGAUGGCACCUGCCCUCUGUGAUUUUUGUAAGUACUUAACACCUUCUGAAAACUUCGGCCCAAUUUAACUUGGGGGCACUUAAAAUUAUUCAAGAUUUUAAAUCAAUUGGAACCUGUAGCCCUAAUCUGCAGUGCUUUGCCACAAGGCCUGUCUUUCACUCCUUUCUAUCAACACCCCUCUAAAUAAGUUAAGAACCAACACUUGUUUACAUUUCACCUUAAGUGUUGGCUCAGUAGAUGUUUUGGGGACAACUCCUAUAGUUAACUAAAUCCCCCCAUCCCCACCCCUAUUUGCAAUAUGGAGAUAUGUAAGCUUAGCUUCCAACUGCUGUGUAAGGACUGGGAGUAAUACAUUGCUCACUCUAACAGGUGUACUAUAAAUGCAGGUCAAUAAUGCAAACUAUGGUUGCCAUAUGCCCCACAGUGUCGUUUUCUGCCCGGAUUUUCACUGUUUCAAGUAUGGCAACCCUAAACUAAGAUUAUAUGCAGAAAUUGCAUAAUUUGUAUAAACAGACUUUAUUGGCAGUUCUCUUAGGUCAUGUUAUAGGAGGAUGUGUUAAGGAUUGUACAGAAUGUGUCUGCCUAAGUGCAGGUUAAGUCUGCAGGUUCAGGCAGCUAUUACUGACCUCUUUAGAACUUGAAUGGUUUUAAUUGUGAGAAGUGUUGCAUCCCAAGGAUGUGGUCAAUAGCAAUUAUAAAACUGGGAGGCUUACUAUUGAAUGUAGUUGGAUAUUAAAACUAGACUAGUUCAGAUCAGAAACAUGUCAAGCACAAAUGCCUUGCUGUAUGCUUGAGUGGGAGACACUAGCAUUGUGGAUGCACAGGUGUAGUGCUACCAGCAAGAACUGUAGUGAUUGCUGAGCUGUAGUAACACUGUCUGAGGACUUGCUGGAAGAAAUCUGAAGCAUAAUGUGGUUAGAGCUUCCUGCUUCAAAAUAGCUGAUGCUACAUUGGAGCUACCAUAAUGUAGAAGCUUGAAAGGGUGGAACACUGCAUGGUAGCUGAAGUGGGAAUAAGUGAAAACUGUAUUCAGGUUGUUUAAUAGUAAUAAUUGCUGUUAAUGCUGUUAAAGUAAUGAUCUUCUGGAAAAAAGGUAUUGUGAUAGUGGAUACUAGACAGUACAGUGGUGCCUCGCAAGACAAAAUUAAUUCGUUCCCCGAGUUUUGUCGUCUUGCGAUUUUUGUCAUCUUGCGAAGCAUGGUGUCGGAAAAGUUUUGGAAAAGCUUCAAAAAUCACCAAAGUCUUUAAAAACCUCAAAAAAGGCUACCACACCGCGUGCUAUGAGUUGCUCCUCAAAGUCAAGUCGCAACUGUAUUAACGGUGUUAAGAAAAAGGACACAAACUUGCAAGACGUUUCCGUCUUGCGAAGCAAGCCCAUAGGGAAAAUCGUCUUGCGAAGCAGCUCAAAAAACAAAAAACCCUUUCGUCUAGCGAGUUUUCCAUCUUGCGAGGCAUUCGUCUUGCGAGGUACCACUGUGUUGAAAUUAUAUUAUCUUUUCCACUGGAGGUACUGUGAUCCUAGCCAAUGUGAUAUAAAGGUUGGAGUGUUGGAGCUGGACUUGGGCAGCCCUGGGUUCAAGUACCCACCCAUGCCAUUGGAAAACUCAUUGGGUAACCUUGGACAGCCACACUGUCUUACUAGCCUUAAAGCUAUCUCAAAGGAUGGUUGUAAGAAUAAAAAUGCACGGUGGGGUCGGGUGGGAUUUUUUGCACUGCCUUUAACACAUUGGAAGAAAGAUAAACUAUAAGGAAAAUAAACAUAUUGAGCAGUAAUGGUUAGGUGCAGCUGGAAGACACAGUAGUUGUAUUUUACUGAGUUAAUUGACCCCCUAUAGCUCAUGCAUUUUCCUGCAUGGUUUUUAGUAGAUUGCUCAUAUUACUAGACUCUUUAUGACAUCACAGAUAUAUCCUGUAUGAGUUUCACUAUGAUCUGUUUAGAGAGCCAAUACAGUGUAGUGGUAUAUACAGAUUAUGUUAAAUAAAUUGUUGUGUAUUUUAAUAGUUUAAGCUUUAGUCUUUUAAAUGGGAACAUCUUCAGGUCCUCUGUCAAAAGCAAUAAGAUAUUUAUUCUGCUUUAGUUAUUAAGAAUUUGAAUUAAUAGCACUUCUGAACAGUACAUCAAAAUAUUUUCUUAAAGUGAUGACUGUCAAAUUGGUAGCUGUCAGUUAGCAGUGUUCGGGUCUGUACUCUUAUUUCAUGGCAUGGUGUAUAGGUGUCUGGCAGAAACUUAGCUUGCUUGAAGUGUAGUGCAGUGUAUUUAAUAUGGUUGUUCACUGUGCUGUUGUUCUGCAUGACCAUUAACUAAUGAUCACUUAUUCCUUUUCCCUUUAACUUAUAGCAAGCAAGAUGAUAAAGAGUCUGAAAAUGAAAUCUCAUAAGGAAUGGUUAUGGGAGUUGAUAUGCUUAGCCUGGAAAAAAGGAGACUGAGAGGUGAUAUGAUAGCCAUCUUCAACUAUCUGAAGGACUGUCACCUGAAAGUUGGGCAAUAGGGGCAGUACAGGAUUCUUAUUGAUGUACCAGCCUUUCCCCCAUGCCAAGGAUUUCCUGCCCAAAAAUCCUUGCCAACACAACCUUACAAGGGGCUGCUUGGGACUUCGUGGAAAGCAUGGCCUCCAUGGGUCUGCCUCUGAAUAAGUUUGGUCCAACCCAUAGCUGUGGACGUGCCUUAGAUCUGGUGUUUACCAUUAUGUAUGUAGGUGAUCUGACACUAAGUUCCAGUGAAACAAAAAAGUGCCAUGGUCAGAUCACUUCCUGGUGCAAUUAGACUUAUUCAUGACUCUUCCCCUCAGCAGGGAAGUGGGACCCAUCCCUGCCACUUAAUGGAUCCAGAUGGCUUCUAGAGAGUGGUAGGGGAUGUCUUAUCCCAUAUUGUUGGCCCUUCAGCUGAUUCCCUGGUGGCUUGCUGGAAUAAGGAGCUAACCAGGGCUAUCAACUGUCUGGCUCCGAAGCACCCUCUCUGAUUGCAUGGAGCCCGAAUGGCCCCAUGUUUUUCCUUAGAACUGAGGGUGAUGAUAGAAUUGCUGAGAUUGCUAGAGGGCUGGUGGCAAAAUACUCACUCUGAAUCGGAUCAAGCACAAGUUAGAGCUCAACAUUGAGCCUACCAAGUGGCAAUAGCGACGGCGAAGAGGACUUUCUUCGCCCCUAUUGCAUCUACAGCAGGAGACUCACAGGUGGUUUGCAGUCUAACAGAACCACCUUUGCCAUUGGAGUCCAAUAAGGACUCCAAGAUUUCCAGUAGUGAUUUUGCAGUCUUUUUUUUGCAGAUAAAAUCACUCAUAUUAUUCGGAAAGUGAGAGACUCCUAUGUGGUAACAGGGAGCGGGGACACAGAGAUCUGUCUGGUCUAGUUGUAUGGAAUCAAUUUCAACCUGUUACCACCAUGGUACAAGUGAAAUUGACCACCUUGAUCCUUGCCCAUUCUGACUUACAAAAACAAGUUGGGCUGGGCAAUGGGCCAUGUCCGUAGGGGGGUGAAUGCUUUCCUCGGUGAGGGUCCCCCCCCCGAUGUGCUUAAAGAAACAGUGAUUAAACCAUAUAUUUUUUUAAAAAAAACACAACUCUUCGGACCUGGCCAUUAUUCCCAAUUAUCGCCCAACCUCAAUUCUUCCAUUCCUGGGCAAGGUGAUUGAGCGGGUGGUUGCUGAACAACUCCAGACACGGCAGGAGGAUGCAGACUAUUUGGACCCCUUCCAGUUAGGUUUCCAGCCUCAUCAUGGGACUGAUAACGUAAGAAUAUUCUUCACAAUUGUGAGAAGGGCAGUGGGGUGAGAUAAGUGAAGAUAAGCUACAACAAUUAACUGUAACUUUCACUGCUCCUGCUCAGGCUACAGGUUGUGCAGAUAAUAGAUAACGGAUAUAAUUCUACAGGAUGUGGUAUUAGUGUGUGAAAACUGUCAAGAUCCAAUGAUCCCCAGACAUGCACCUCCGGAUGGUGGAGAUGUCAGGCACCAUCCUGCUGUCUAGGCAUCUUCACUUGGUUCCAUGCGGUCAAUGGUCAUGUGCAAAAUGUACCUGGCACCUGGCCAAUUUCAAACACUGCUCUGUUCUUUUUUCCCUCCUCCUCUUUUCUCAUUCUCUUGUCUUUUGAUUCAGUUUGUUCUAGGUACUAUUCCACUGUGCUGUGAAAACUUUAAUAAAAAUCUUGGGGAUGGGGAGAAUUUGCUUCCAGGUAUGUUUGUAGUUGAGCUACCACCACUCUCUUGAGCACCUUGCUGCAGAAGGGAGUAUUAGUGACUGGAUGAUAGUUCUUCAACACUGUACCAAGUGAGCAGCUCAAGUUGUGGGGCCCAGGAUGCUUUUAAUUAUGCUGUACUUUAAUCUCCUUUUAUAGGUUGUGUUGGAUUGGUUUUAUUAUACUUGUAUUGUAACCUGUUAUGGGACCAUAUGAUGAAGGAUGAGCUAAAAAAUUACCUUACAAAUAACAAAUUUAUAUAACAGUAGAAUGCAGUUUUCCCCUUUUGGCUUAAGUAGAGGCAUUCUUGCAUAGGUCCUUUGGUAGCUAAAACCUAUUGUUUAUGGCUGUGCAAAUCACUCACCUGCUAGAUCUUCCUGCUGCUCAAACUUAAAAGAAUAAGGUCGUGUUUUUGUUAGCUACGGUAUCCUGAAGAUUGGUGCCCCAAACAAUUUUGUAUGGUAAAGGCAUUGGAUAGUUAAAAAAAAUGUAAGCAUAUUUAUACUAGCAUAACUUGCUGUGUUACAAAUAUGCUGUAAAUUGUACUUUUCCUUCACAGGAUUGCAAUCUUUAGUUGGUGGUAUUUGUGUCUUUAGUUGGUGGUAUUUGUGUAAUGACACUAGUAAACCCCGGCUGGCUUGGAGUUGUACAUUUAUUAGAAUGUUUUCACAGUCAAACUACCUUAACUAGCUUAUGACUUGCAAGACAAUCAGUGUUAAAACAGAGACAUAAUUUUGAAGGCACCUUUUUACUAACACAGUACUAUGGAGUAAUAGUUUCCGUAAAGAGGGUAGGGGAGCUUCAGUGAACCGUCUGUGUUCCUUGUGGCUUUUCUCCUGAUUAUUUUCAUACCAGUAUUAAACUCUGGAAAGAGAGCGCAGCCAGCAUUUUUUCUAACACCAGUGUACUAAACAGGAUUCCAUAUUAAUGACUCAUUCCAUUGGUGUAAAAAUUGGAUUCCCUUUGGAUACAAAUGUUUGCAACUGAGUAACCGUAAAGGCAACAACGCAGUUUGGAACCUGAGUCCUUGAAUGACCUCUUCCUCCAAAAUCAGCCUGCCUGGCUAUUAACAACAGAUCCUUGUACAUAUUCUAAAAGCAUUGUUGACUCAGAUUGGAAAGGGCGUUUUUAGUGGCUGUAGCCAUACUCUGGAAUUGCUGCUUUAAUAGAGCAACUUAUUCCCUUCCUAGCUAGUCUUCUGCUCAAGAGUAAAGACUUUCCUUUUUAAAAGAGCCUUCAGUUCUUCUGACUGUGGUGAGCUACAGCUGAUGGAUCUGUUCUUUUGUGUUUUGCUGUUAUUGCUACUUUUAAGUGAUUAUGCUGUCUCAGGCCAUUUAGGACUUGAAAGGUGAUAACAGAAAUCUUGAAUCUAGUGCUUACUGGGUUUAAUAUGUUUUGGCCAGCCCCUCUUAAUAAAUAAAAGUUAGACAUUUUGUCGUGGCUGCCGCCUCUGGAUUGUCUGAUUGCUCCACAAAGAGAGCAUUAGAAAAGAUUGUACUGAAGUGUACCAGUCCUUCAAUACAAAAAUGGGAUCCUCAAGGUCUUCAAAGGCUCUGGAGUUCUUGCUAUCAAACCUUCAAGACUGAGGGCUGAUGUACAUUAGCCCGGUAUAAAAAGCAUCUUAAGAGGUAAAAUGUUUGGGCACAAAUGAAAAUGGCUUAGGUACACUAUGUGGUAAAAACAGAAGUGGCAAAGGAUUUGCACUCUUUCGCAAUGUUUGUUUCGGGAAACUUGGCAUGCAAAAUAUACAGUUGAUUGGACUGGGUUUAAUUUUGUUUCCCUAGCUUAAAAAACAAUGUAUGACGAAACCCUGUGAGCAGGGUUAUAUCAAUGGAUUUGUUAUUGAGUUCAACAGAUAUGGUUUAAGAUUCUUAAAUGGAAGAGUUUGUAAUGGGAGUUGUUUAGAAAGUUUGAUUUCAAUGUCUAAAAAUAAUUCAUCUUUGAACUGAGAUUUUAUCUACCAUGCAAGCUCCCAUGCCAAUAAAAAAUGAGGAAAAACCAAAUCAGAAUGUUUUCCGUAUUAUAUAUAUUCCAUGAGACAUCUGCUACUUUUAGAACAAAUCUGCACUCGGCUGGCAGAGUGUUACAAGCCUGAAGCUCUACUUUAGGCACUGCCUACUCAAACAAAUUGCAGCGGCUUACAUGAAAUAAACUCUCAGUCAUGAUUGUGGGUUUUGUCAGCUAGUGUUUGCAGUUAGUAAGAGUUUGAUCAAGUGUAAUCCAAAGGAAAACUUUUUAAUGUAACAAAUGGAUAAAAUAAGUACUAGAAAUUAUUCCAAGCAUCUUGAUUCCCAUCACUUUGAUUUUAUUAAAGAAAGCCUUUCCCAUAUCCGUAUUCUAGAAAGACAAAAGAACAAAAACUCACAGAUGCCAACAGUGCCUUCAUUGGGUGGUUUUGUAAUAAGUUUUGUGUGUGUGGGGGGUGUUGUGUUUCUUUUGGGUGUAUGUGUGGCAACUUACUUACCUUCAAAUUGUAAAGGAGCAGCAAUAUAUUUGCAUAUUAAUUGCUAUUAUUGUUGUAGAUGUUAGUCCUAGUCUUAACAGCUUAAAAGAUCUUGUAUUUUGGCAUUUGACAUUGCUCUGAAAUGUUUAAAACAGCUUUGACCUAGUCCUUAACUACCACCCCAACCCACACUUGAGUGCUUUGCACAGUAAUUUCAGUUGAUAUGUUGGGGAGAAAAUAUGUAUAAUGCUUAGGAGGUUAAAUGAAUUGUAGUACUCAUGUUCAAUUGUUUGUAUAUUCUGGGUAUAUCGAGAACUAGUGUGGCAGCAUAGUGUUCAACUCCUAUUAAGCUGUAAACCUCACUGAGUAAUUUAGGUUCCUCUCACUCCGAGCCCAACCUACUCCAUGGGCUGUUGGGUUCUCCCUCCAUUUCUGCCAUUUUAUCCUAUGUAUUGUGGCACCUUGAGGACAAAAGUAUUGUGGUAUAAACAUUCAUGAACUACUCAUAUUUAUAAUUGGUAAUCCAGAAUAUUGGACUUCUUACUACAGGCUAGCUAGAUUUCAUAAUUGAAACACAUGGACGCAACACUGGUUCCCGACAUAAAUGUCAGGUUUCAUAGUAAAUGAAAAACAAAAGCAUGUGAAAUUAAUAUACCAUAUACAUUUAUACAAAAUGCAUUAUUGAAAAGUGUUUCUCUAUAAGAUCAAUAGCUUUCAGUGCUGAAAUUUUCCUAUUUAAGGAGUUUUAGAGAAUUGUAAAAUUGCGCAGAUUAAAAUAAUGAUCCCUACUAUAUUACUUUAUUUAGUAUAUUUCCAAACAUAAAAUGGCUUUUUAAAAAAAUUGGUACAGAAGAAGAAUGGAAGAAUUUGAAGAAGACAAGAUGUGCAAGAAUUGCCUGUGUACUGUUUAUAGUCAUGAGAAAAAGAAAGCAAAUCCUCUUUGGAUUCUGUGGUUUUACAUAGAAUAACAAUCAUCUGUUCCUUAGCAGGUUUUAAAGUUAGGUAAAUACAACCUCGGAUGAACAACAUCACACAACAUACUACACCAUGUCAUGAUAUAUUUAACAGAAAUAGCACCAAAAUGGAGAAGCCAUGUGUGAAAAACUCAUAAUAUUAUUUUUGCUGGCUUGCUUGGAAGAAUAAAGGUUUGCCCCCUUUAUCUGGAUUCUGCUGCAUCAAUUUUUCAUUAUCUGUUUUGACACUGUUACAAUACAAGAGCAUAUAUACCUUUUGGUGAAGCAUCAAUGAGUCUGUGAAUUGUAGUGUGGAUUAGGCUCUUGGAAGAAAUGGCCUGUGUUGUUUGUGCUAGCAUGUACUGUAUGCUUCCUCUGCUGAGGGAGGGUCAGGAAGAAGACAAAACAAUGGGUAAAGUAAAAUGCUCAUUCUGAAUAAAUGCCUGGAUUUGUGUCAGUGGGGGAUUUGUGAGUGAGACAUUUUAAACCAUAAACUGAUAGCAUCUGGAGAUUUCUGACUGAAUAAUCAUGGCAAAUUUCAAUAGAUUCAGAAUUCACUAUUGUAGUUUCAGUUCAUAAACAGCAAUCCAAACCUGGUGUCUGGGAGGAGUGGUGGAUCUCAUGAUGACCAGAGCAAGAAGGUGUGGGGAGUAGUUUCUCCCCUGUGUAUUAUUAUAUUUAUUUAUUUGUUUGUUUGUUUAUUUAUUUAUAAAUCACUUAAUUGGGCCCUUCUGGGUUCCAAAGGGGAUGCGGGUGGCACUGUGGGUUAAACCACAGAGCCUAGGACUUGCCCAUCAGAAGGUCAGCAGUUCGAAUCCCCACAACGGGCUGAGCUCCCAUUGCUCGGUCCCUGUUCCUUCCAACCUAGCAGUUCGAAAGCACGUCAAAAUGCAAGUAGUUAAAUAGGUACCGCUCCGGUGGGAAGGUAAACGGUGUUUCCGUGCACUGCUCUGGUUUGCUAGAAGCGGCUUAGUCAUGCUGGCCACAUGACCCGGAAGCUGUACGCCAGCUCCCUCGGCUAAUAAAGCGAGAUGAGUGCCACAACCCCAGAGUUGGCCACGACUGAACCUAAUGGUCAGGGGUCCCUUUACCUUUACCUCUACCUCUGGGUUCCAAAGUCAUCAGUUCCUCAAAUCAGAACGCUUAUUUUUGUGGGUUUCCAUGCUCUGUUGGUAGCAGCUCACCUAACCUCCUAGGCAAAGACCAGGGCCUCUGCCUUGGUGGAAUCCUCCUGCUUUUGUAAUGCUCCUCUUAGCCGGUGGGCAUUGUCAAGUACAAAUCUACAUGCCAUCCUAAUCCCCCUCCCGGCAAAGUAGUUGAACAUUGUUUCUAAACUAUAUUGAUAACUAGAUCAGGUGUUUGGAACUGGUCUCCCCCAGCAUUUAUAGGCAUUUUGCCAGGUGGGUGGGAUUGCCCUUUGGUCAAUCACCUGAUGUCCCCAUGACAUCGGGCAUAGUGUUUUCUUUUGCCUGUGUGGCUUGAAGUCAGAGCACAUGGUUGAAGGCUCAGGUGAUCAGGCAUCAAUGAACAGCUUGUCAGUGGUACUUGCAAGCCCUGCUGCUUUUGCUCAAGUCGUUUGAAAUCAAACCAUGCGGGCAAAGGCCACCUGCAGUUUUAGAAACAAUGAUAUAAAAGCUAGGUACCAAAUGGCAACUUAAAUCUAGGUUACAGUUGCCACAAUGGAAUAUUUGCCAGAGUGUUGUGCCAGAUGACCCUCGGGAUCCCUUCCAAUGCUACAAUUCUGUGAUCUCAGCUACAUUUCUUGACUUCACUUGUCCCAGUAUGCAAAAAGGAGAAACACACAGUGGAAAUGGACAUAGUAUUUACUAUGAACUAAGGGAAAGGUUUUUAAACUUGGCCCCCAGAUAACGCCCCCUAGACAAAAUUGGACCCACAGCAGUAGCAAAACGUGCCUGGCACCUGGCUAAUUUCUAACACUGGCCACAAGGAGAAGAUAUAAGAUUUAGGGCAAGUGGGUGUGAAUUGAGGAAGAUUGUGAACCAAAUUGGGACUUCUGUCAGGCCAGAUUAUGCCUGUGAGCCAAAGGGUCACCACUGCUGGACUUGCAGGGCAAGAAAGCAACUUUUGACUUACAUUUACAGUGGUACCUCAGGUUAAGAACUUAAUUCAUUCUGGAGGUCCGUUCUUAAACUGAAACUGUUCUUAACCUGAGGUACAACUUUAGCUAAUGGGACCUCCCGCUGCCGCCACACGAUUUCUGUUCUCAUCCUGAAGCAAAAUUCUUAACCCGAGGUACUAUUUCUGGGUUAGCGGAGUCUGUAACCUGAAGCGUAUGUAACCUGAAGUGUCUGUAUCCCAAGGUACCACUGUAUAUUUGUUCACAGGGAUGGGGAUUAGAAAAGGGAAUGCUGCCUUGGUUCUUAAUUUCUAAAUUCAGUUAAAAGCUUUUUCUUGGGAAUGCAAGUUAGCAAAAUAAGGUUUGAAGCAGACGCAUAAUGGGUGUGACCUUACAAACUACUGGGGCAAUAUAGAUUUCAUUUAUGAGAGGGCCAGUGGAAGUCAUCUAGUAGCCUUGACUUUCAAAAUUUUAAAAUGGGAAAAUCUUUAUACAAUCAUGGUGUUAAAAUUUGUGAUUUUAAUCACCUGACUGUAGGGAGAACUAGAGAGAAUUUAAAGCAAACUUUGAGAUCAUAGUCAACUUUAGCACCCAGUAAACCUGCAGCAGUGUUCAUACUAGAGAAAGGAAUCAUAAUCAUAAUAUAAAUAAAACAAAUGUUCAUAUAGCAAUAAUUGUUUGGGUUCAGAUGCAACAGAUGGGGAAAGAUUGCCAAAGAAGCAUUAUCUGGAAUAAAAGGUACUCAGAGCAAUAAUUUGAUAAGUAAGUAAGCAUUGUGUGGCACUGUAGAUUGUCUGUUGAUCUGAUUAGGUGCUGAUGCAGUGAAAAAUAAGACACCAGGAGCUGAUGGAUUACUUUCAUGGCAUGCUGCUCUCUUAGGGACACUGAUGUCCUAAGUUGGCUAUGCUUUGCAAUAUUAGCUGCAUGGAAGAUCUAUCAUAAUUUUCCCAGCAUAAGUGCUUCACUGCUCUUAGCUUCCAGACCAUUCCCGCAGUCAGUGUCUAAGCAUAAUGCCUCUGGACCUUGUACAACUUGUAGCAUGGUCCUUGCUCUCAUCCUGCACCCCAAGCUGUCCCUGGUAUCUCAGUGCCACUGACAAGUUUUUCUGUUGCCCCACCCAGUUGGCAUUUCUGUGCAUAGAGAAUAACAGGUGGAAGUCUAGGGAUUAUAUUGAGAGCAUAUUGCAUCCCUCUCUGUUUCAGAUGCAACCAUAGUUUAGCAUCUUAAGGACAAGCCUGGUCUUUUCCAAGGAUCACACACUCAUAGAAUCAUAGAGUUGGAAGAGACCACAAGGGCCAUCGAGUCCAACCCCCUGCCAAGCAGGAAACACCAUCAGAGCACUCCUGACAUAUGGUUGUCAAGCCUCUGCUUAAAGACCUCCAAAGAAGGAGACUCCACCACACUCCUUGGCAGCAAAUUCCACUGUCGAACAGCUCUUACUGUCAGGAAGUUCUUCCUAAUGUUUAGGUGGAAUCUUCUUUCUUGUAGUUUGGAUCCAUUGCUCCAUGUCCGCUUCUCUGGAGCAGCAGAAAACAACCUUUCUCCCUCCUCUAUGUGACAUCCUUUUAUAUAUUUGAACAUGGCUAUCAUAUCACCCCUUAACCUCCUCUUCUCCAGGCUAAACAUGCCCAGCUCUCUUAGCCGUUCCUCAUAAGGCAUCGUUUCCAGGCCUUUGACCAUUUUGGUUGCCCUCCUCUGGACACGUUCCAGUUUGUCAGUGUCCUUCUUGAACUGUGGUGCCCAGAACUGGACACAGUACUCCAGGUGAGGUCUGACCAGAGCAGAAUACAGUGGCACUAUUACUUCCCUUGAUCUAGAUGCUAUACUCCUAUUGAUGCAGCCCAGAAUUGCAUUGGCUUUUUUAGCUGACGCGUCACACUGUUGGCUCAUGUCAAGUUUGUGGUCAACCAAGACUCCUAGAUCCUUUUCACAUGUACUGCUCUCAAGCCAGGUGUCACCCAUCUUGUAUUUGUGCCUCUCAUUUUUUUGCCCAAGUGCAAUACUUUACAUUUCUCCCUGUUAAAAUUCAUCUUGUUUGUUUUUGCCCAGUUCUCUAAUCUGUCAAGGUCGUUUUGAAGUGUGAUCCUGUCCUCUGGGGUGUUAGCCACCCCUCCCAGUUUGGUGUCAUCUGAAAAUUUGAUCAGGAUGCCCUUGAGUCCUUCUCCAGCAUGGCUACAAGGAGGAGGUUAGAAACUUUCAUGAUCUGAGAGUUCAUUACAAAUUAGCCACAGCUUGCUAUGUUGCAAAUAGUAGUUAACCUUAAAUUGUUAGUGGAGACAAGCCAACUUCAAGCUAUCAUUUGUUAAGAUUAAACAUUGUUUAGGGUUUGGACAAUGCAGCAAGCUGUAGUUAAUCUGAAGCAGAAGCUACAGAGCUCAUUACGGAGGAGGAAAGAGGCAUGGUUUAACAAUGCAUCUGAAUGUAGCCAAUGUAUGUCACACUACGGGUACUAGAAUUUCCUGUGCAACCACUCCUUCUGUUCCCAAAGAGGGCUUUUUCUAGAAGUUCAUUGCUGAGACAGUUCUAACUAUGCCUCUGAUUGUUUCCAGCACAUUGUAAAGAUCUGGUCAGUCUGGAAAAAUAUAGGGAAAUAAGUUUGUACAAGCUUGUGGUGACCUUCAGACUUGAUCUACAGAUCAACUUCGAUUUCCCUCCCCGAAAGAAUCAGUGAGUUGAAAGUGACCCCAAAGGUCAUAAAGUCCAAACACCUGUCAAUAAGGAAAUUCACUGUUAGAGCAUCCCUAUUAGGUAGCUGUUCAACUUUGGCCUAAAAAUUUCUAAUGGGUUGGCACCGUGUUCGAAAUUAGCUUGUCGCCAGUUUUUUUUGCAACUCAGGAGCACCACCUAGUGACCAGGUUGAGUUACGCAGUCACGAGGUUUGAGAUUGAUACCUCCUCUUCAGAAUAGCAGCUUUGUGACUGAAGCCAUCCCUUUUUCAGGAAGCCUUUUGAUAUGCUGAGUCAGAGGGAGCCUUUCCAAUGUUGUACGAUUUGCAUAAGCAAGCAAACAGAAGAAGCUCUUUCAGACAGUUGAACUUGCUUUUCUAUUAUGGAGGCCGGAAGCAAAAAGCACCUUGUGGUUUGCAAACAAAUACAAGCUACAAAUGGUUAAAUGUGUUUUUCCUGUGUUGGCUGAUUAUUUUAAAGGUUUCUAAUGUUCCCCCCUUUAUUUGAAUUCUGCUGCCGUCAUUUUUUUCCUCUAGGAAUGCAGGUUGAGCGUGGAGGUGGGGAGAGCAUACUGGAAAUUAUGACAAAAAGGAGAAUAGUUUUUAACUAAAAGAGGCUGUGAGGUGCUCCAAAAGGCUCUCCCCAGACUGGGUGAAUGAGCAUUAAAAUGAUAAAUCUGAUUCGGUGUUAACAAGUGUAAAGUGAUUGGGGGUGGGAAGAUAUCCUAACAAAUCAGUGAGGUUUGAGCUGGUGGUGACUGACCAAGAACCAAGAUCUUAGGGUCUUAGUGGAUAGCUCAGUUAAAAUGUUUACCCAGGUUGUGGCAGCAGUAAAAAGGGGGAAUUGUAUUUUAGGGGUCAUUAGGAAAAGGAUAGAAAAUUGUUUUGGAAUUGUUUUGAGAAAUGCUAGGCCAUCCCCCUACUUUUAAAAAGACUUGCAUGAGUGUUCCUUUGCCAUUUACAGAGAAGUGCUUUCCUUUACAGAAAUAAUAAAAAAAUAGAACGUUGAAAUUAAUCUCAUUAUGUGGGCAUGAGUGGGCAGACUGGCCCUCUCUGGUGGCUCCACCCAUCACAGAAGCUAUGACUUUGCAAUCUGAAAGAAAAAGGUUCAGAGCUUGUGUUGUGUAGUGGUUAGAGUGGCAGUAGGGCUAGGCCCUUGGGAGACUAUAGUUCGAAUCCCCACUGGGUGUUACUGUACUAUACAUGCUUCAAUUUAAGUCCCACUGUGCUCUCUGUAUGAUCUGUUUUGCUGUGGCUCGUUACAACCCUCCAAAUACCACAAACUGGAAAAAGAUCCAAUAAAUUAUCUAUGCUGAGUUGUUCACAAAUUUAUAAAGAUACAGGUUUUGGCAAACUACCCUCUCUAAUUGAGUAAAAGAGGUUUGGUUUUUACUUUUGCUAGAACAAAACUGCAGUCACAUCUCUUUCUAGACUGCUUCCCCACUUUAUUACCUUUGUGUUUUCAAAUAAUUUGUCUUUUGUGCACAGCAUUUAUUCCAUCUUCAGCUAGAUUCCCCAUCUUGUCUUCCUUUGCUUUUUAAUCUUGUUUUUUUAAAAAAUGCACCUAGACAUAUUAUUGUGGCGACCUAUUGGCUCCUAGCUUUUAUAUCUCAGUUUCUAACCCCAGAUUGGAAGCCCAGCCUAUGCCCCUUAGACUCUGUCUAUUUGUCCCCUCUUAUAGGGGACUCAGGUCAAGACUCAACUCAAGAAAUAAUUUAAAUAUUCCAAUAGAUUAACAUCUGUUUUCCUUUUCAGAAUUAAGUGGGAAAUUGGCUGCAAAUGUUUUUGGGAAGAUGCAUUGUAUUUAAAACAUGCUUGUUUGUGGUUGCAGCUAAUAACAUAAGCUUCUGCAGUCUGAUCUUGUAUUUUGUAAGGAUGGAUGUCAAUUGUAGAUAUGAAAAUUUUUAUUAAUUCUGUGCGCACUGGAUUUAACCUCAUCAGCUGUUGCGUAGUGCAAAACUGUCAUGGAAAACUCCAAAAGUUGUGCCUCCUCUUACCCAACUUGACUGUUGGCUCAUAAUUUAAAGUUUAGAUGCCAUUUGAGUUAGGCAGUGUAGUAGAAUUCCAGCAACUGAUAACAUUGUUGUCUGACAACUCUGAGACCAGGAAGUACAUUGUUCUGUAAAAAAUAUCUUCCCUCACAUAUGUGACCACGACUUCUCUCUCUCUCUCUCUCUCUCUCUCUCUCUCUCUCUCACACACACACACACACACACAGCCACACACAGCCACACACAGCCACACACAGCCACACACACCACCAACAACACCACUCUUCUAUUACUGUCAAUAAGCAGAUAAGAGGCACUGAAUCAUUUAUUUAAAAAACCAGCUACAUAACCACAAAUAAAUAGAAGCUACAUCGAUAACGUAAGUCUCAAAUAUGAAGAAAAUGUGGCCUCUUCAUUUUAAAGCUGCUCAUAAUCUACUUGUUAUCCAUGGCCUAAAAGUAGACUGAAUGUUUUGAACCGACAAAAUGGAAAUCAGCCAUUCCAGGGGUGAGAUUUAGGAAGCCUCCAGCCUAUGGAGCAGGCUUCUUCUCUGCUUCCCUCCUUACCCUAUCUUGCACAACAAUCUGGCCUGAAAAAUGCCUUUUUGUGUGUGUGGUGGGGAGAAAAUGUAUAUAUUGGGGGGGUGUUAUGUUUGAAAAUAGGUGUGGGUAGAUGUUGUAUUCAUACACAUCCACACUUGUGAGAGAGGAAGUUUUGUGUGUUGGGUGGUCCGCACUGACUUUUUGUAUUGGUCUUACUCGCAGCCCCCAGACGUUUAGCUGUGAGGACAUUCCUCAAACCUGUACUAUGCCGUAGGAAACAGUGUAUUUCCUGUUUCUCAAACAAUUACCUUCAUUGGGUUGAGUUCCACAUUAGUCCUACACAGAGUAGACCCAUUGAAAUUAAUGGCCCUAAGUUGGCCACAUCCAUUAACUUCAGUGGGUCUACUCUGAGUAGGACUAGUGUUGAAUGCCACCCAUUCUGAAAUAGUCUAUUCCAGGGGUCAGCAAACUUUUUCAGCAGGGGGCCCGUACACUGUCCCUCAGACCUUGUGGGGGGUCGGACUAUAUUUUUUAAAAAAAUAAUGAAUGAAUUCCUAUGCCCCACAAAUAACCCAGAGAUGCAUUUUAAAUAAAAGCACACAUUCUACUCACUGAUUCCCAGACCGUCCACGGGCUGGAUUUAGAAGGCGAUUGGGCCGCAUCCGGCCCCCAGGGCUUAGUUUGCCUAAAGGUAAAGGUAAAGGUACCCCUGCCCGUACGGGCCAGUCGUGUCCGACUCUGGGGUUGCGCGCCCAUCUCGCUUAAGAGGCCGGGGGCCAGCGCUGUCCGAAGACACUUCCGGGUCACGUGGCCAGCGUGACAGGCUGCAUCUGGCGAGCCAGCGCAGCACACGGAAACACCGUUUACCUUCCCGCUAGUAAGCGGUCCCUAUUUAUCUACUUGCACCCGGGGGUGCUUCGAACUGCUAGGUUGGCAGGCGCUGGGACCGAGCAACGGGAGCGCACCCCGCCGCGGGGAUUCGAACCGCCGACCUGACAAUCGGCAAGUCCUAGGCGCUGAGGUUUUACCCACAGCGCCACCCGCGUCCCCUAGUUUGCCUACCCAUGGUCUAUUCCUUCCACAAGCAUUAUUUCUUUCCCCCUUCUUUCUCUCAUUCAUAACUUCUGUUUCUCUUCUUUAUACCUUUUCUAUUUUCCAUUUUUUAAUCUUUCUGAUAGGGUAGUGAAAACACAUAACCAUAAGGUGUACUGUGACACCUUAAAAUAAUCAAAAUUUGGUGUGUUUUCCGAUUAAAUGGAUUUUACUUCAUUAAAGUGUACAUCUAAUUAUAUGGUGAUUAAGGUGAUUAAGUCUGCAAUCUAAGUCUCUCUUAAGCCAGGUUGUGUGGGGUUUGGGUUGAGCAGAGGCGCCUCUCUACUCACUUGUGCUUGCUGCCACCAACCUCCCCCCAUUUUGCAUGCAGGUAGUGAGGGUGGGAGUGACAAGCCAGUCUGGGAUCUGCUGGAUCCUGAGCCUUUCUCACAGCUGGCGCUGGCCAACAUCCUGUAGCUGUUACAGUAGUAACUAGCUGAAAUGAUUUGUACUAUAACACCCUAUGCUGUCAAGUAAAAAAAAAAAGAAAAAAGACAUCCUCCCCAACUUCUAAAUAUGAAAGGAAGUUUCUUUGUUAAAGUAAUGUGUGACCAAGGUAGGAUAUGAAAGCUUUAUGCUAUAUGUUCCACAUUGUUUGUGAAAUUUCCUUGAUGUAUGCAGUUCCACUGUUUGGCGUGGACUUCAGAGAAGGAUAGCUGUGCAGAGUAAUAGUGGUAGAGACGACUAGUUAAACUUACUCCUAUUCAGAGACUACUUUUCUGAAAAAGUAAAAAGGAGCAGCUGAAAAAGUAACUUAAACCAGAACGUUUUAAUUACAGAGACUGAGGAGGCUAUCAACGAAGUAUAGAACAGAAAAGAUCUACCCAACAGUCACUGGAGAAAAAGAAGAAAAUGUGAAAAAGAACAGAUACAAGGACAUACUGCCAUGUAAGCCUGACUUUUCCCUUCGAGAGACAUGUUAAUAACAUUUAUUAAGAUAUCUUGCCUGUUAACAUUUAAGAUCUCUUGAAUAGGUAAAUUAGAUAGUAAUUAUUUGCCGAAAGGGGUAUUUUUUAAGAUGCUUCAUCUGCCUAAGUGAAUGUUUCUUUGUAUGUGCGUCAGCCUCCCAGUAUCUAUUUAAAAACCAUUUCCAAGGCUAAAAAUCUGUUAAUAACUUUAACCUUCCAACUAAUGCAGAAAAAGCUUUUCUGACUCACAAAAUAUACCCAUUUAUUUCAGAAUGCUAUUUUUCUUGAAAGACUCCCUUAGUCUGAAUCUUAUUGGAAAACAGGCAGAACCUGGAAUAAAGACAGACUGAUUUUGUCAUAAUACAUAUAUGAAGCUCAGAGAACAUCCUGUUGUUUGAAACCCUCAUAAAACAUUGAGAAUUUGGAGACUUCUAGCCAUGUUAGUCUGACACUAUAAAAUGAUGAAUUCAUAUAAACACUGAAAAUACGGUCUGCCAAUAUGUUUUUAGUUGAUUUGUUGUUGUUGCAGAAAAGGUUGGCCGUUAUUAAAAUAUUGGACAACCUUCCUUAUCAAAUUUUGGCCAUAGACCUUGAAUUUUUUUGGCUGAGGAAGUCUGAACUUUUGGAUCCUCUUUAGUUCUGUGCGGACGUCUGAUUCUCAAGUUUAACUUGCCCAGAAGUGAAAACUGGUAACAGACAACCCCAAGUCUUCAAAAUAUAGAACAACCUUGCAAAUGAAAUUGGAUUUUUUCUCUCAAAGAAUUAGUAUUUAGAUGACUGUCAGUUAGUCUAUUCUGUGAAGUUGAUAAUGUGAUUUUGGAUUGCCUUCAACAUGCAACUUUAACAUUGAGCAGCAAGCAAGCAAUUAUAAAGUGUUGCUGGAAAAACUAAAUGUGCUAUCCUUUCUAUAGAGGAACACAUAAGCACUUAAUACAUUAUUGUAUUAUUGCACAUCUUAAAAUAUUUUUACAAGUAUAAAAAUUAAUGUUUACCAUCUGGAGUUUACCAAAGGAGUGUAGAUCCUUUGCUGUAGGUGCCUUUUUUAGCCAGCCUCAAAUACAUUGUGCUUGUGUGUUAAAUUUAAGUUGUUCAAGAGUCCCUGGCUGGGGAAUAUAUUUUGAGUUAAUGUCUAUACUGUUCCACAUUUCCAUUUGUGUGAACUUACUUUGCUUCUAAUGUUAACAUCUGUUUUGGAACAUUUUCACUGGACAUUCAGAGAAUAAGGUGGCCUGGAAACUGCUUAAAUUUAAUCCCUAGAUACCUAGAAGUGAAAGAAAGAUGCUUUGAAACAGUCCAGUACUGGCAAGAUAGUUGCUAUCUCAUCAUAGAACUUGGAACUAUCAGCCAACCCAGAAUUUCAUUUCCAGUGGUUCAUGAGUAACUUCAUUAAUAAAGGAAAUGCUCUCUAAGGAAAAUAUAUAGAAUUAUGUCCUGCAGAGUUCUGCAGUGAAAUAAAUAGAAAUGUGAAGAGCAAGCAGUCCUGAAAAUGUGUGAGGAAUUCUCUUAGGGUAGAUUAAAGUAGUGCCUAGAUACAGUGGAAGAAUUCUUGGGUAAGAACUUGUUAUCAUUCUUGCUGGAGAAUACCUGUUAACAUGGAAAAUAAUUCUUCCUAAAAUUGCUAUGUUUUAGUUGAUCACAGCAGAGUUAAACUGACUUUAAAAACUCCCCCUCAAGAUUCAGACUACAUCAAUGCAAAUUUUAUUAAGGUAUGUAUUAACAUAGAUUUAUUACGUAAUAAAACUUCUAAAAUCUUAACACAUGUUUCUUUACAGAAAACCAAACUGAUGCCAAAGUAUUGUAUGUGAUUAUGUUGUGGCUCUGUGUAAUUUGAUUGCAAAGAGAAAAAGUAGCGGGGGGGGGGGGGCGGGAGAAAAAGUGGAAGAAAGAAUGAAAAAAGGAGGAAGGCUGACCUCCUAAACUAGUACACAAUUAAGCAGCGAUUAUCACAUGGAUAAUUCACAGCACUGACAAAGAUAGCAUCUCUUAUUACAGUAAUAUAAAAUAACAAUGGUUUGAUCGAUAGAAUGUAUCAUAGCUGGGAUUGCUCAAUCGGUAGAGCAUGAGACUCUUGGCUCACCUCAGCUGUGGUUCGUCCCUGGGACUUCAUUAUUUGUCAGAGCAUGCUAGUUGCUGACACUGGGUCUCAUUGGCAUAUUUUAUGAACUUCCAGAACUACGUAAAUGUCUGCUACACCCAGAGUUUUUUCCCCAGCCGGAACGCAAUUCUGGCCCCUCUCAGUUGGGCACCAGUGCCAUUAUAAGAGAACAAGGGAGGUGUUUGUGGUGAGAUCUGGUACCUCUUUUUCUAGAAAAAUAGCUCUGGCUACACCUCAUUAUAUGUUACUGAAUAGUUUCUAGAGGAGGUUGUUGAACCAGGUACCCACUGAGACGCGAAGAGAUCUUAUAAAAUGGACUUGUGCUUUACCACAUACAUAAGAUAGGCUUGUGUUAGUAAAAGCAGUGGAGGAAUCCUGUGCAGUGGCUGGCUGACGGUACAAGAAUCACAAUUCAAAGUUUCUGGGUUCCACCUAUCCGCAUGACCCUGGUGCAAUGGCUUAGGUCAAAAUAGGCUCUUCAGUUUGAACAAACAUUGUGGAUCCAUUUACACAAGAUCAUUCAUUCUUUCUCUGAAUUCCAUAGCUGUGUGUGAUGGGAUUAUGAGCUGCUUGUGCGUAAAAUCGUAUUCCCUCAGAGUUUGUUCAAGUCCACAAACCUCUGUCUGUGACUGAGCCCCUCUGACAUGGCUCCUCUUAGUCACUAGAAGAUUCCGACAGUGGUUGCUUUCGUAAUCGCUUCCAACAUAAAAGCUCCUUAACGGAAACACGUCUUCUGGACUCUCUGCGUGACAGUUUCCGGCGAGGAGUGGGUGUCGCUACAGGAGGUCCGGAAACCUCACCACUGUUUUCGCUGGAAGUAUCUCUGAGCCAUCCCCCAAGCUCCCUUUCCCUCAGUUCAGCUUCUCUCCCCCUGCUGGUUUCCUCUUCAGCUGCUAAGUCUCUUCCAACCUGUCUGAGCCCUUUCACCUCCCUCAGUUCAGCUUCUCUCCCCUUGCUGGUUCCCUCUUCAGCUGCUGGAUCUCUUCCAACCUGUCUGAGUCCUUUCACCUCCCUUCCUACCGAUGGCAGUUCCCUGACAUCCACCUCCCCUCCAGGGCCCCCUUCACCCCCUCUCGCCCCCUCCUCUACGGGCGGUGAGGAGGCAAAACCCCGGAAUGAACUUCCUUCAUCUUCCGAUGUCUCGAACACUUCUCUCCACCUGUUGCGGUUCCUGGUCUCGAAGCACUCCUCCUCCUCCGAGUCCAUCUCCCCUUCCCCUUCCGAUUCUGGGAAUCCUUCCAACUCCUCCUCCUCCUCAGUGGUCCCAAAGUAUUCCCUCCAGAACCUCUCCACAGGCUGAGGUUUCCGCGGGAACCUUUGAUGGAACAUUUCUAUCAAUACCUCGUCAUUGAUAUCUUUGGCCAUUACCCACGUGUUUUCUGACUCCGGUUCUCCUUCCCACGCUACCAAAUACUCCACCUGAUUCCCCUUCCACCUGGCAUCAAGGAUUUCUGCCACAUGACUGCUGCAUUCUCUUUCUUCUAUGACCGGUCACCGAGUGGCCAUCCCUUCUCGUCCCCCCUCGUACGGUGACAGUAACGACCUGUGAAAUACUGGGUGCAGUUUCAUGUGGUUGGGUAACCGGAGCCUGAAAGCCACUGGGUUGACCUGUUGAAUGACCUCAAAGGGACCCAACCUCCUGGGUCUUAAUUUCUUACAACCUCCUUUGAACGGCAGCCCUCGGGUUGACAGCCACACCCUCUCUCCAACCCUUAUGGUUUCACCUUCCCUUCGGUUCUUGUCUGCCUGCCUCUUGUAUUCUUCCUUCGCCCUUUCUAAGUUGAGUUGGAGCUGACGGUGGAUUGCUUCCAUUUCUUCUACAAAAUGCUCGGCUGCCGGUGCGCUCCAUCUCUCCCCUUCUCCCCUGGGAAAGCCCUGGGAUGACACCCAUAAUUAGCCAAGAGGGGCUCAUCCCUGUGGACACAUUCUCGGCAUUGUUGUAGGCAAAUUCCGCCAGCGCCAACUUUUCUACCCAGUCAUUCUCUCUGUCAUUGACAUAACACCUCAGGUAUUGCUGGAGGACACCGUUUGCUCUUUCCGCCUGCCCGUUGGUUUCAGGGUGCCGGGCAGUCGAAAAGUUGACCUCCACCUGCAGUAAGCUCAUGAGCUUCCUCCAGAACCUGGAAGUAAAUUGUUUUCCUCGGUCUGAGACCACCCUCAAUGGCACCCCGUGCAACCUAAAAAUGUGUUCUACAAAUAACUUCGCUGUCUCUUCCGCCGUGACUGCAUGCGAGCAAGCUACAAAGUGGCACAUCUUUGUUAGUAGGUCUACCACCACCAUGAUGGCUGUUUUCCCUUUGGACUUCGGCAGAUCAGUCAUAAAAUCUAUCGACACUGCCUCCCAAGGUCGUUCUGGUGUUGGUAAGGGUUCUAAUAGCCCCGCCGGCGCCCGCCUUUCCCCUUUGGCUCGCUGGCACUGCUCGCACCCUCUUACAUACUCACGUACAUCCUCCCUCACCUUAGGCCACCAAAAUUCCCUGGUGACCAACCACAUGGUUUUGUGUUGCCCAAAAUGCCCGCCGUGGGGCUGUCAUGCAACUGCUUGAGUACCCUCCCCUUAAGUCUCCUUCAGGGAUAUACAGUGCCCCUUUGUAAUACAAAGCUCCAUUUCUUUCCUCGAAACCCCUUGAUUCCUCUCCCUCAUCCCUAAGACCUCUAAGCUUAUUCUGGGCGUAUUCAUCAUUCUCUGUUUCUUCUACCAGUUCUCUUUGUCCCACCAAUGCCGCCCCACACACCCAGCGGUCCUCUGGAAUGACAUGUCUCUCUUCGGGUGCUCCCUCCCCUCCAAAUAUUCAGGUUUGCGUGAGAGAGCGUCCGCCCUAAUAUUCUCUGGGCCUGGCACGUAACAAAUCUCAAAGUUAAAUUUGGAGAAUUCCUGAGCCCAUCUCACUUGCCGUUGGUUGAGCACUCGUGCCGUCCUCCAAUACUCUAGGUUCUUGUGGUCAGUGCACACUUGCACCUUAUGUUGUGCGCCAAUUAGCAGGUGCCUCCAUCUCCGGAACGCCUCAUGAAUGGCUAGUAGCUCUCGGUCAUACACCGUGUAGUUCCUCUCGGAUUUGUUCAGCUUUCGCGAAAAAAAGGCACACGGUCUCCACUCUGACUCCUCCUUCCCUGGCUGGAGAAGCACCGCCCCAACCGCUCUGUCUGAUGCGUCAGUUUCCACUCUCAUCGGUUUUUGUAAAUCCACAUGCAGGAGCUGUUGUUCCGAGGCGAAGGCCCUUUUAGUUCCUCAAAUGCUUGCUCCGCCUCCUCCGUCCAAACGAACUUCUUCUUACUGCUGAGACAGUCCGUAAUGGGCGCCGUCAGGUGGGCAAAGUUUGGGAUGAACUUACGAUAGAAGUUCCCAAACCCUAAAAACCUCUGCACAUCCUUCCUUGUUUUGGGUGUUUUCCAUUCCAGUACCGCCUGGACCUUGCCGGGAUCCAUGGCCAACCCCUUGUCAGACAGGCGAUACCCCAGGAAUUCCACCUCCUUGGUAUGAAACUGACACUUCUCCAGUUUCACCCACAGCUGGUUGGCUUGCAGCCUGCUCAACACUUCUCUGACGUCUCUCACAUGCUGCUCCUCAUUCUCAGAAUACACCCACAUGUCGUCUAAGAAGGCCACACAAUUCUUGUAAAGCAACGGCCCCAGGACGUGGUUCAUAAACGAUUGAAAUGUUGCGGAGCCUGCUUGUAGACCGAAGGGCAUAACUAAGUAUUCAAAUGCCCCUAAAGGGGUGAACAUGGUGGUUUUCCAUUCAUCCCCUUCCUUAUUCGUAUCAGGUUGUACGCCCCCUUAGAUCCAGCUUGGUGAAAAUCUUUCCCUUUCGCACCCUUGUCAAAAUGUCGUCAAUCCUGGGCAUCGGGAAGGCCACUGGUUCUGACACUGCAUUUAAGGCCCUGAAGUCACACACCAGUCUCGGCUUGUUCGUGUUUUUUUGUCCACAAAAACACUGGGCUGCCCCACCGCCCUGGACUCUCUGAUGAACCCUCUCUUCAGGUUCUUGUCAAUGAACUCUCUUAGCUCCUGCAUCUCUCUGUCUGACAUGGCGUACAGCUUGCCCACAGGGAGCUGUGCCCCAGGGAGCAAAUUGAUUUGACAGUCAAAGGCUCUAUGCGGUGGUAGUUGGUCAUCUUCACUUUCGCUGAAGACGUCGCGGAGAUCUGCGUAUUGUCGUGGUACCUUCACGUUCUCCUUCACUUCAGUCCCUGCUAGGGUGGCUUGGGCCCCUGCCAAAACCUUUCCCUCUUUGCAAUGUUCUAAGCAAUGUGCUGACCCAAAAGAAACCACUCUCUGAUGCCAGCCCACCAGCGGAUCAUGUAACGCUAGCCAGCUCAUCCCCAAUAUAAUGGGAGCUCCUCCCAAGGUGGCCACAUUAAAAGCUAUCAGUUCAGUGUGCCUUGCCACCUUCAUUAUCAUUGGGACGGUCUGCAAGCUGACUUCUCCUCCCAACAGCUCCCUGCCAUCGAUCGUGGUUACCUGCAGGGGUUGCUUAAAGGAGCGUCUGUAUCUGGUGUUCAGCUGCAAACUCUUUGCUCAUGAAAUUGCAGGAGCUGCCUGAGUCCAACAGCGCCUUUAUCUUUAGAGGGUGUCCGUUUGGGAGCUCUAGUGUCACUUCUAUCACUAGGGCGGGUUUAGGAGGUUCUGGAGUGGGCACUUUCACUGCUCUUUGGCCUGGCUGCUGUGCCCCGACAAUGGCAGCCAGGCGUUGGCUUUAGUUGCUCCGGUAUUUUUCCUCUCUUCCCUCCACAGCUCCCACCAUCCCUUGCCAUUCCUUCCUCUGGGGGCAGACUCUGGCAAAGUGCCCUGGCUGUUGGCAGAGAUAGCAUUUCCGGGCGCCUUUUCCAUCCUUCUUUCCACCCUCACUGGGCUUUGAAACUGCGCGCGCGCGCGCUGUUCCGAUUUCCAUCGGCUCUGCCGGCGGGACAGUUGGCUCUGGAAUGUCUGGAAUGCGGAACUCCUUCCAACGUUCCCCUUUCCCUUCCCGCCUCUCCAAUGCUCUCGCCUCCUGGCGCGCUCCUAUGGCCAGCGCUGAUUUGGUCAGCUGGUCCAUAGACUCCGCCCUGGGCGCCCGGGAAAGUUCAUCUUUCACAGCCGAAGAAAGCCCUUCUUCAAAGAGCAUUUGAAUGGGUUCCGCCGAUAAGUCCCACCCCAAUCUGUGUAUCAGCAUGGUGAACUCAGUCCAGUACUCACGUACAGAUCGGCUCCCCUGUUUGCAAGCCAUUAACUGUCUGCGCACCACUCCCUUUUCAAUAUCGCUGGAAAACAUCAGAUCCAUGGCGCGAAAGAACUUCAUCGUGUCCUUUAGGACGUCACUAUGCGCUGCCAUCAGGGGUCUAACCCAGUCUCUCGCCCCCUUUUCAAGAUGCCCAAUCACAAAAGCCACUCGUGAUUCCUCAUCAGGAAAUCAUCAAACUGCAGAUUGAGGGCAUAUUGCAUUUCUGUCCGAAAGCUAUGAUAGUCUUUGGGCUCCCCCCCAAAUUUCUGCACCAAUCCUGGUACCUUUCUGGCGAGCUGGGUGGCUUUCUCCCUUUGUCUGCAUCUUGAGCCCUCCUCUCCUCCAGCCUCGCCGUCUGCAGCGCCAGCUGGACCUCCAACACUCGGUACCUUUCUUCCAGGCUUGGACCCGCUCCAGCCCCUGCUUCUCCGGUUCCUGCUGGGUUGCUCAUUAUGCCUUCUCCUGCACAAGCUGCGUUCAAAGACUGUCGGAAUGCUGUGAUGGGAUUAUGAGCUGCUUGUGCGUAAAAUCGUAUUCCCUCAGAGUUUGUUCAAGUCCACAAACCUCUGUCUGUGACUGAGCCCCUCUGACAUGGCUCCUCUUAGUCACUAGAAGAUUCCGACAGUGGUUGCUUUCGUAAUCGCUUCCAACAUAAAAGCUCCUUAACGGAAACACGUCUUCUGGACUCUCUGCGUGACAGUUUCCGGCGAGGAGUGGGUGUCGCUACAGGAGGUCCGGAAACCUCACCACUGUUUUCGCUGGAAGUAUCUCUGAGCCAUCCCCCCAGCUCCCUUUCCCUCAGUUCAGCUUCUCUCCCCCUGCUGGUUUCCUCUUCAGCUGCUAAGUCUCUUCCAACCUGUCUGAGCCCUUUCACCUCCCUCAGUUCAGCUUCUCUCCCCUUGCUGGUUCCCUCUUCAGCUGCUGGAUCUCUUCCAACCUGUCUGAGUCCUUUCACCUCCCUUCCUACCGAUGGCAGUUCCCUGACACUGUGCAUCGUUUAAAUCCCGUUUGCGUGAAUCUGGACACUUCCCCAUUGUGGAACAAGUCCCCAAGGCUGGGAUGCAUGGAGUUCUGUGUAGCAAAGUGCUUGUGGUUUGCAAGAAUGGCCACUUUAAAUCAUGAAGCCCCUUGUACAAAGCAAGCCUUGAUGGGUGGAGUGCAUAUAGUUCCUCUUUCUGGCUUGCUUUGCGAUGUGGAAUUCCAUAAUCCUGUAUUCAGAUGUGGAGUUACAGAAUCUCUUUGUAUACUAUGAUGAGGCUCCAAAUACAAUGCUGUGCAAAGUCUUCCUUCUGCCUUCCUGCCUGCACAGCAGUUCACAGAAAAGUGCUAAUCAGUUAACUCUUUGGCUCACGCUAGUUUGGGUUUAAUCCAUUGUUUCUCUCAGUUAUGCAUUCUAUGUGACGUUUAUUAAGGGUUUUGCAGUCCUGUAACUCAUUGGAUUUUUAAAAUAUAGUGUGGUGGUCCUUGUUAUUUGUGAAUGUCUUCAUAGAACCAUAGAAUUGUACAGUUGGAAGAGACCAUGAGGGUCAUCUAGUCCAGCCCCCAACAAUGCAGGAAUCUUUUGCCCAACAUGGGGCUUGAACUCACAACCCUGAGAUUAAGGGUCUCAUGCUCUACCGACUGAGCUAUCUUGAAAAAUACUGAAUGGUGCUACACUCAACACUCCUGUGCACUUUCUGCAACUAGGAUAAGGAUUCCAAAUAAAUGCAUUUAAAUAAAACAAAUUUUUGAUUAUGUUUCCAAUUUAAAGUUUAAUGUAAUGUAAAAUAGCACAAGGGUACAAUUAUUGAGGUAUAUAAUUACCUGGUGCUAAUUUCUGUUCUUGGUCUUACAAAUGUGUGAAACUCAUGCAUUAUUUUUUGACUAAAAAAGAUUGCCUGGAGGUGUGAAUAAAAUGCAGUACAGUACUGAAUUUUUAACAUCCCUGCACUCCCACUCCCAUAAGGAGAAUUCAGUAUCUCCUUGCUGCAUCACUAUGAAAUGACUUGUGAUUUGGAGUAUUUAAUGCCCUUGGAUGUGGCAUUUCUUUCCCCUUCUCCCUAUCAACCACCUGAACUGAUGUUAAACUUUGAGCAAAAUACUCAAAGGGGAGAAAAAUAGCAGAGCAUUUGAAAAUAAUAAUAAUAAUGGAAUGUUUGGCUCAGUUACUGUAGGUAUGUUGAGCGAGCAGCUAAGGGGAAACUUCACAAAUAUUUUGUAACCAAGAUGAGGAUAUAUAUUAUUAUUGGUUAUUCAGUUAUUUGGGCAUUAGCAGCGAACUUUUGUAUUGGAAUUUGCUGUUUACUUAUCUAAUGUAGAGUAAAAUUGGUAUAUAUCCUGUAGGGUUUAUCUUGGGUGUUAUCAGUUUUUAAAUUUCCAUUCAUGUUUUUGAAGAGAUUAGCAUGUUGACAUUUUGAAUAGAUCAGUUUUGAAAAUGCAAAACCUUUCCAACACACCCAUAGUCGAACCAUCCUUGGGAGAGUUUGUGUCUAAGAACUGUUUCAAGCAUGCCUUUAACUGUUUUUGCCUUCCGUUAUAUGUUGAAAUUUUAGGGAGUACAUGGGCCAAAAGCAUAUGUUGCCACCCAAGGACCACUAGCAAACACAGUAAUAGACUUCUGGAGGAUGAUAUGGGAGUACAAUGUCGCAGUAAGUAUGCUAACCCAAUAUUUAUUUCAUUCUGUGAUGUGAGCAAACUUCUGCCCCUACUUCUCAUUCUGAGCAGUUUGGAACCAGAGUUUGUUUUAUGUUUCAUCCUCUAAUCUAAGCUUAGGGAUGGAAAGUGGAGUACAUUUUCCUCUGACGUGCUGUGUUCCAAGUUGUGGUAUGAGAUCAGUGACAUCCCCUCUUCUUGGAGGAGAGGGGUCUUUGUGACAAUAAGAGUUUGAUUGGUGAUGUGCUGAAUGGGUACAGCCAAAGUCUGUUGUGCCAGCAUGCAUUUGCCUAACUUGGGGACGGGGAAUGUAUGGCCCUCCAGAUGUUGUUGGGUUCCAACUCUCAUCAGCCCUUCAGCCAGCAUGGAUGGCCAGUAGUAAGAGGUUCUGGGAGUUGUAAUCUAAGCACAUCUGGAGGGCCACACACUCCACAUCCCUGAGCUACAGUGUCUGGGCAGAAGAGGAGGAACAUGAACUGUCAGAUCAUGUGGCUGAUAAAUGCACAAUGGGAGAAGGGAUUAAGAAGCAAGCACUGACUUCACUAAACGGUGGAGCACCUGUGCUUCACUUCAGCACAGCCUCUUGUAUUGAUAUCUGUAUAAACAACUCAACAAAAAGCCCCAUCCUCAAAGAGGAGAUUGUGCUGUCAGCAAGUUGUCACAUUUGAAAUCACGUGAUUUUCACAAUACAUGUUUUGUUAACUUGCCAUUGUUUCCUUUGGAUACAAGCCUAUUUAGGCAGGUUUUAAUUUUAAAACAUUUUAAAAGAUUUUUUACUGUUUUAUCACUUACAGUGGUACCUCCGGUUAAGUACUUAAUUCGUUCCAGAGGUCUGUUCUUAACGUGAAACUGUUCUUAACCUGAAGCACCACUUUAGCUAAUGGGGCCUCCUGCUGCUGCCGCACCGCCGGAGCACGAUUUCUGUUCUUAACCUGAAGCAAAGUUCUUAACCUGAAGCAUUAUUUCUGGGUUAACGGAGCCUGUAACCUGAAGCGUAUGUAACCCGAGAUACCACUGUAUUUGUUUGCUGCCCUAAGCUCCUUUUAGAAGAAGGAUGGGGCAUGAAUUUGGGGACAGCUUCAGCUAAAUAGUUGUGAGUCCCUGUUGUACAACAGGGCUUCUCCCCACCUUCUCCCCCUUCCCUCCCCAGAAUUGGCUUUGUGGGGUCAGGAGAACAUGGCAGGCACAAAUGCAGAAAUGCUGAUGCAACUAUCAUAACAGCAUGAUGAUGAAAUCCUUAAUUGAUAGAUUGAUUGGUUUUAGAAGUGGGUGGUAUAUAACACUGAUACAGUCCCCGGAGGAUUGGCACAAGGGCAAAUGUUGUCCUUGACCCCCCCCAAAGUUUAUCCACUUUUUUGUUAAACUCUGGCACAUGGAUAAUAUAGUGUUUGGCCUGCUGCUAAGUCCUUGGUCAGUCCUUCAGCUGUAGUCAGUAUAUGAAUAUGCACAUGGAAAGGUUUUUAAAGCACAGAUUCUUGGAAACUUUGUACAGUCACAUUUCUUUCUUUCUUUAAUAGAUUAUUGUGAUGGCUUGUCGAGAGUUUGAAAUGGGAAGGGUAUGUAUUAAUAGCGCUGGCUUGUAUAUGGCCUUUGCUAAAUAUGUUGCAGUGAUAAUGCAGUUAAUCAAAUCUCUGUACAGGUUACUCAUUCUACUUGAGGAAUUCCCAUGUAAAUCUUGAACAUUUGUUACUUAAUGAAAACUAGCACAUUUUCUUGCCACUCUGUUAAGUUUAGUGUAGGAAGGUGUAAAGAAACAAAUGGUUUUAGAAUGGAAUUGCACAGUGUGGGUGCAUGGACAGAGCAAAUAGCAGUUUUUCCUAUGGACCUUCCAGAUUCUAAAAGGAAACACUUAAAAAGUCUUGAGAGGGAGAUGAAGGUCUUGGGUGUAUUAGCAAGGAUGACCUUGCCCAUUUAAAUCCAACUAUCUGUGAAUGUGUGUGCUUAUUUUUAAACCAUAUUUUUGGUAACUAUAUUUUCUUUGGUAACAGAAAAAAUGUGAACGUUACUGGCCUCUGUAUGGGGAAGAAGGUGUUUCUUUUGGACCAUUUCAUAUUUCUUGUGUAAGUAUUUUGUUAAUGAUAGUGCAGUACUAAUUGAUGCUUUAAAAAAAAUAAAAUAGUUCUAAUUCCAUCUUAAAGAAAUGUAUAUAUUAACUGUAGUAAGCCUGCAACUCACAUGUAUUUAACUUCUUUUCAUUCAGCUUUAUGUAUGUGGGAAAAAUUAAAAUUAAAAAGGGGGCAGAGUUCCAGGAAAAACAACUUUGGCAAUCCUGCCCGUCACUGAACCCAUUGGUUUUUGACUAUACGUGAUUUUGGCUUGAGGUGCGAUUCCUGGAAUGUAACCCCUGCAUAAGUUGUGGGCUUACUGUAAUUACAGUAUAUUGAAUUGCUCUAAUUCUGAGGAAGUGCUGGUCCAUAAGCCUCAAUGAUGCCAAAUUGAUAUUCUUUUAUAUGAAAUAAUUUGAAGAGUUUGCUUACAUUUGUGUCUCUCCCCUUGGCAUGUGGAACAUUUUGAAACAAGGCAAACUAUGCAUUGGUUUUGUGGUCAUAGUGGUGACAUGGUUUACCACCACAGGAAUAAACUUGGACUCACCUUGGUGUUUUACAUCCCCCCUCUCUCCUCAUUUGACACAUCUACAAAGAAGAAAUCAGGAGCUUUUGUUUUUAAAUAACCACAGUAUAGCGUGUGUCAGUGCCUCAACAAACUGUGGUUGGUCUUUACUAUGAUUUGCUGAAACUAUUCCAGUUGAAAGCUGCAAACUAAAGCAUCUGACCUCCUUGCAGACAUGCUAGAGGCGACAAGGAGCAAACCCACUCCUUUCCCACAUCCAUUCUUGUAAUACUAAACAAUAGGUUAGUAUUAUGCGCAAAUGAGACCACUGAAUAAUUAAAACAUCAACUAACAUUAUAACAGAAAAAAAGUUUUCAUUGGGCAAAAUGGGGAAAAGCAGUCAAGUGGUAUGCUGCUGGUGUUUUACGAAUUGGUGAACUACUCAUAACUCAUGGUAGAGUUUGGGAAGUAGGGCAGAAGCCUAUAGGUUAUAAGGAAUUUUAAGAAAGCCAUGGUAAGGCAUAAGUAGCAAAAUUUGAAUCAACUGCCAUAGAAGAAAGCUGGCCUUUUAUACUGAGAAUGUGGUUCUGUUUAGUUUAUUAUAAGUUUAUUAUAAUAGUUUAUUAUUAUUAUUAUUAUUAUUAUUAUUAGUUUAUUAUAAUAGUGUCAUAGAAAUGAGAAAACCAAUAAGGAAGAAAAGCAGGGUAAGUUAUGCACAUGUGUGCAAAAGAAUACCUGAAAGACUCAGGCAGGCGACUCUUGGUUGGAUGCAGAAGUCUCACAGGAGGGAUCUUUUAUGCUUUUUUAAGAUUGAGAUUCAGUUUCACUUCCCAUGCAAUGUUCUCUUAACAGUCAUUUUGCUUGUCCAAGAGCUCACACUCGUUGGACAAUCAGAAACAGGAGAAUUAAAAACCUCCUGUGAUAGCACCGUGUAAGCUUUUCCCAAGAGCUUGUGGAACAACAGUGGCAGUUACUUUCCUUCCACUCAUAGUUGCUUGGAUCUAGCCCAUUAUUUAAAGGAACUAUAGCCCACAAGUGCGGACCACUCUGGCUUAGUGUCGGUGUAGAUAUGACUUUCCCAAAAUUUUUCCAGUUUUAGUUAUGGUUAAUGCUACAUUGGCACAGAACCUAAAUUCUGGUUAUUGUUUUACUUAAAACAAGUGAAGCAAAUCAAAAUUCAUUCAUGUGCUCCUAUGAAUGGUGUGAUUCUGAAUUCUGCUAUUUUUAAAGAUUAACCUAAGUGGAUACAAUACUUCUGUUAGGAGUAAAUUAGAUUUGAGUGAGUAAAGUACUACUGUCGGUACUAAGCUAAAAUUUUGUGACGUUUCCCUCUAUUCACAAAUAUUCCCUUUUCAUUUAGGAAGCUGAGCAAGUCAGAACAGACUACUAUAUUAGAACUCUGGUAUUAGCCUUUCAGAAUGUAAGUAAGAUAAAAGCUCUAUAUUACAGCUGGUUUAAACAUAGUAUUGUUAGUCUGAUGUCUUCUGUGUACCAAAUCACUUUGCCCCUUUUGACAACAUGUUAAUGUGGGGCUGAAAUGGCCUUGCGACAUGCGAUAACUGGCAGGAUAACGCCUCCAACUGUCAACCGUCCUGAAAACUUUUUGUAUUUGGUGUUUUAAUAUUGUGAUUUUAUGUUGUAACCACCCUGAGACUUGCAGGUAUAGGGCAGUAUACAAAUUUAAUAAAUAAUACUUAAAAUCAAUAAUAACUUGACAUCCAAAAGACACAAACGGAGUUUUUGGUCAUUUGGGGCAGUGGCAGCUCAACUCAAAUCUUGACUUUGAGAUGAUGCUCCUUCAGUUACUUAUUUGUGUGGUUUAAAUGCUUCUUGGUGCAUUAUGAGGCACUUGAGUGGCUUCACUUUUUAAUAAUAAAAAUAAAUUUGAGUGUCGUGCGCAUUGGGAUCUGGGCUGAGCUUAAUGGUAGUUUUGUUGCUUCAUCUUAUAUAGUUUGCAGAAAUGUUUCUAGGCCUUGUAAAUUUAAAGCUGUGAUUCCCAGGUAGCUGAAUUCACUACUUGGUUCUAAAUUCUACCUCUGGCAGAACCUGUUUGUAUGUUGUUGUCAGUAGCCCUGCAUAAGAGCCUAGGGUGCCACGAAUGGGCUGGAGUGUAUUUGUAAAGGCUCAACAAACAGAAGCUUAAUAUUUGAAGGACGUGGGCUUUGACCCAGUGUCUGUGUCAACUUUUAAGUGAAGCAAAUUUUGCAACUUGUGCUAUUUCAGAGACACCAUAUGUAGUCUUUGGGUUUGUAUUAAUUUAUUAAAAUUAUAUUCAUUAUGUAGGAAAAUAAUUAUAAACUUGUUGGUCUGUUCUGGGUAGAUUCUGGCAGUGGUGUGCUUACCACGUAAAAUGUAGCCUCAUGAGCUCUAUACGGUGAGCCAUUUGUGUGAAGCAGCUCCUACACUUACUUAUUUACUUCAUUGUUUCUUUAAAAAUAUUUCUUAAUGGUGGUAUUUUACAACAUUUUUAUUCACUUUUCUCUGAGUACCUGAUCAGCUCCCAAAAUGGACAGUUUCUACAAGCCAGCCUUCAAAGACAUGGAUAGGCAAACUAAGGCCCGGAGGCCAGAUCAGGCCCCAUCGCCUUCUGAAUCCGGCCCAUGGAUGGCUCUGGAAUCAGCAUGUUUAUACAUGAGUAGAAUGUGCCAUUUAUUUAAAAUGCAUCUCUGGGGUAUUUGUGGGCCUGCCUGGUGUUUUUACAUGAGUAGAAUGUGUCCUUUUAUUUAAAAUGCAUCUCUGGGUUAUUUGUGGGGCAUAGGAAUUUGUUCUCCCCCCACCCCAAAUAUAGUCCGGCCCCUCACAAGGUCUGAGGGACAGUGGACCAGCCCCCUGCUGAAAAAGUUUGCUGACCCUUGUCCAAAGAUAUAACACAACCUUUUUUCCUUCUAGGAAACACGUAGGGUUUAUCAAUUUCAUUAUGUGAAUUGGCCUGACCACGACGUUCCAUCAUCUUUUGAUUCUAUUCUGGACAUGAUCAGCUUAAUGAGGGAAUACCAGGAGCAUGAAGAUGUUCCUAUUUGCAUACACUGCAGGUACAAAAUGCAGGAAUUUAAAUGGGGGCUCCUAGAAAAUAUUAUUUUUUAACUUUGGAAUUGAUGGCUUUCAUGUGUUGCCUUUGUUUGAGGGUACUAAACCUAAUCUUGAGGAUAAAGCAGCAGAAUCAUAUUAACAUGGAUGCAUAAACAUUUGUAAAAAUCUAGGGCUAGUACAUCUCUUUGAUAUUUUCAUUGCUAUACUGCUGUAGUAUUAUAGGAUAUGUACAUAUCAGGAUGCACUGUAUUACUGAAUAAUGUUAACAUUGAAUAAUGUUAACAUUGCAGCAGUAACAACUUUUUACGUAAUUUUAUUUGGAGCCUACGUUAGCGGGUGGUAUAUAAAUAACAUACAUAAAUCAAUAUUGAGGGGGGGGGAGAGAGGUAACCAAACCCAGCCCAUUAUUUUGGAAGGAGAGAAAGUAUGCAUAUACAGGAAGCAUGUUACCUUAAGUACAAGAGACAGAUAAAAUGCAGCAAGUGCAUCUUCAUUGUGGGGUAAACAUGCUUCUGUUUCUAGACAUUUGUAGAAGUGAGUGUAACAUAUUCAUUCAAAACUGUUGCUAUCCCUCCCAGGGAUCCUGGGAUAUGAUGAGAUAGAUAUUAAAGUCAAAAAGUUGUCACCGUGUGUGAUAUUAAUCUUGAUGUCUCUGUAAUGGUGUUUUUUAUGGGGGGAGGCUACAUUGUACAUUAGAGUAUGUUUAAUUCAAAGCAUCCCUUAUAUUUUAAGUUGUCAUGUCUUCAACACCUGUUAAUUAUUCGGUGAGUAUUAUAGGAAUUUCUUAAAUCUAGGAAUACUUUCUCAAAAACACAUUGCCUAGAGUUCUUGACAGAGGAAAGGGGACUACAGUAAUGUACAGUGGUGCCUCGCAAGACGAAAUUAAUUCGUUCCGCGAGUUUUUUCGUCUAGCGAAUUUUUCGUCUUGCGAAGCACGGUGUCGGAAAAGUUUUGGAAAAGCUUCAAAAAUCACCAAAAACUUCAAAAAAGGCUACCACACCGCGUGCUAUGAGUUGCUCCUCGAAGUCAAGUCGCAACUGUAUUAACGGUGUUAAGAAAAAGGAAACAAACUUGCAAGACGUUUCCGUCUUGCGAAGCAAGCCCAUAGGGAAAAUCGUCUUGCGAAGCAGCUCAAAAACCGCAAAACCCUUUUGUCUUGCGAGGCAUUCGUCUUGCGGGGCACCACUGUAAUAAGGCUUGAAACAGAUUUAUAUUUGUUAAAUACAGACUUCUGUGCAGACUGUCUUUGAAAACAUUUGAGACACAGCCCAGUUCACACACUGCAUUAAACCAUAGUUAUGAACUUCGUUUAAAUGUGUAUAAGCAGUGUGCUCAUGCAUACUGCCCAAAGAUUCUCACUCCGCUUCUGCCAUGCCACUAGUAAACAAGCCAGCGUCAUACUUGUCAUGAUAUCUGAACCAUGGUACAUUAUUUGUUUCCCUUAAUAAAUCAUAAGUCCUGUGUCAGACCUAGACAAAUCUACAAUGUGCAGAAUUUUUUAAAAAAACCAUACAUUCUGGUCAGCAUCCCUAGGGUUUGGCACUUGCACUAUUCAAAAGGAUGUAUUUCGUUCUGUAGUUGUGUAAUUUCUGCUUAUAUUGUAUUGUGAUGGCCAUUGGCUAUAAACAAUAAAAAUCUAUUGAUUGAUUGAAGUCCUAAGCCAAGAGCAAACCUUGUUGCGAUUCAUGGGAUGUGUGAAAAGAAACAAACCACAACCCUAUAUUCGGAUGUUAUGACAUACUAUUCUCUGGCUUGGUUCUCAGUAGAGCAGAGCGAUAACUUUUCAGGUACAUGCACUAGCAUGCUGUGUGGUCCACAUUAAACAACAGUUGGGUUUUAACUAUGAUUUAUUGUAAUAUGUAAACCAGACCUGUAUCUUGAAAAUAGGACUCACAGAUAGUUUUUUUAUUUUCAACUACCCUUUGUGCUUAACUGUAGUUGAAAUAAAAUGUAAAUAGUCACCAGCUGGUAAAUAAAUGGACUGAUUCAUUUUGAUGUACUGUAUGUAGAAAAUGCCUAUGUGGCUUACCCUAACAAUUGUAUAUGGUUAUUAUGUUUGUUGUUACAAUACAGUCCCAUUUUAUAUGUAUUGGCAAUGUGUUUGUUGAAGAGGGACAUAUUUUUGUGUGUAGAUUGGUAUGUUGAAUAGAUAAAACCUUGAAGCAAAAUUGUAGAUUUAUGCUUUUGAUAUGAAAACACAAACCACUACUGAUGGUGAUAAUUCAGAAUUGUUUAAACAUCAACUCUAAAAUAGCUUUUCAAGGAUACCUCCUGUUAAGUGUUUGGUAGGUAUGAACAGAAAUGCAAAGUUUUAAGCCUCCUUUUCUCUUAUGGUGUUCAUCUUUUUCCACUAUAGUGCUGGGUGUGGAAGAACAGGAGCCAUCUGUGCCAUAGAUUAUACAUGGAAUUUGUUGAAAGCUGGGGUAAGGAGGAUUUAUAGCAAUCUAAUGCUGCAAAACUAGGUCAUCUUAUGCCAGUCAUGAGAGUAGAGUUUUAUAGGGGGGUAAUGGAGUUCUCCUCAGUGUGCAAAAUUGAACAUAAUUUGAAAAUGAGUUUUAAGUUAGAUAGUACCUUUUCCCGUAGCAGCAAUGAAGUUUAUUUUCCUUUUCCUUUUGUUACUUCUAAUUAGUUCAUGAUCGCAAUAGAAAUACUAAAUACUGAAGCAUUUUGUGACUUCUAGAUAGUAUUUGAGCCAAAGUACAUCAGUGGACAACCUUCUGCUCCUUUGUAUUUCAGAAAAUACCAGAGGAAUUCAAUGUGUUUAAUUUAAUACAAGAAAUGAGGACACAAAGACAUUCCGCAGUACAGACUAAGGUAAUACUGCUUUCAGUUCAGAAGUUGAGUAUAUGGCUGUGACAUCACCACUUUGUGAAAUAGUGUCUUUGAAAUACUGCUUAUAUAUUUGUAUGCUAAUUUUGGUUUUUAUCAUGCACCCAGGAACAGUAUGAACUUGUUCAUCGAGCCAUAGCACAGUUGUUUGAAAAGCAACUUCAAAAAUAUGAAAGUUGUGCAAACUGGAAAAUUGCAGAUGGGCUGGUAGGUGUUUUUGUCAUAUUUCGUGUAAUUUGAAAUAGUAGCUUUUCCUUAUUGUUAAAUUACCCUUGUUCAUCUUAGUUUUUUGUUUGUGGUAAUAAGAUACCGUAUUUAUUCAAAUGUAAUGCAUUUGAAUAAUGCUCACCUCAAUUUUCAAAACCUUGAAACCAAAAAAGUGUUUGCUGGCAAAUGUAAAUGCGCCAUCACAUGCACACCCUACUUUUUGUGAUGUAAUUUGGCCCCAAAAGGUGUGCAUUACAUUCGAGUAAAUACGGUGUUGAAAUCCAUGCUUGUUUGUAUGAGUUUGCUGCCAAUUGGGCUCUUUCUAAAUGGGGUCAGUUUACUGCAACAAACUUUAUUCUAUUGAAUUCUUUUGAAAAGAAACCAAAGUCAUUGUGUUCUUUUUCUUCUUGAAACUGUUACUGUGGUUAUUAUUGUUUCAGCACUGGUUGCAUAGCCAGGAUGCAGUCUCUUUUCUCUUCCCCACCUCAUUCCAUUGGUAUGUGAUCAGAAAGUGCUUCCACACUUGCACCAAGGGGUAAGGUGUGAAAGUGGAUAUUUUUAAUUUCUGGCUGUAUUCCCUCGUGUCUUGAGGAGUCUCACUCUAGGGGGUUCCUGAUGUUUCUGCAAAAGCUUUUCUGAAUGCUGCUGGGAGCAGCAUUGAGAAGGGGAGGCAGAAAGUUCUGGUGCAUUUGCAGUGUUGAGAGCAUGUCUCAUUGCAUUUUGGCCCAUGAUAAUUAGUGUGAUAUGACACAAGGGACUUAUCUGACAAAUUAUGUUUUUGAUAUUGGCAUGACUUACAAUAGAUAAUACAGUGGUACCUUGGGUUACAUACACUUCAGGUUACAUACGCUUCAGGUUACAGACUCCCCUAAUCAAGAAAUAUUACCUCGGGUUAAGAACUUUGCUUCAGGAUGAGAACAGAAAUCGUGUUCCGGCGGCACAGCAGCAGCAGCAGGAGGUCCCAUUAGCUAAAGUGGUGCUUCAGGUUAAGAACAGUUUCAGGUUAAGUACGGACCUCUGGAAUGAGGUACCACUGUACUCAGAGAGGUUAAACUAUCCAACCUAAUGAUACUUAGUAGGUUUGUUUUGGAGCAAACCUCUCAGUUAUUUAAUGCAUUAUUAGAAACAGGCCUUGAUGCUGUGUUUUCAGUUAAAAUGGAAAAAACUCAUUAGGGCUGUGCCUUUGGUUUGUAUCAUAGUGUUGAGUUAAUGAAAAUAAAGCUGAAUACCCAAGUUACGUAAGGAUUAUUGUUUUCAGCUGAAAACUGCCCUGCCCCUUUAAUUCUCAGCUGGAAACUGCCUCCACCCCCAACAAGUUCUAGUAGUCCACAUAGGAUUGAACUGGCCUGGCCUAAGUAUAGUUUAGGGGCACAUUCUUGUCCAACAUGCUCUACCAGUGUCAACUUUCUUGACUAUAUUUUAUUUCUAGACAAUAACAGCUGAAAAGGAUGUUGCACAAUACUCUUGUUGGACUGACUGAUCCAGGCAAAGUAACCACACGCAGACAAAGCCUUAAUCUUCCCUCUGAAACUGCUUUGCUUAUAGUUACCACAAAGAUCUCCUGCAGACUUCUCUGGCUCUUAGUCUGGGAGGUAAACAUAAAAUGCUUGGGAGAAAGAAUCUUCUUGGGUGUUAGUCAUCAGUGGGCCUGCUGAGGCAAGCCAGGAGAUGCAGUUGAGUUCUAGAACCUUACAUCUUACCUUUAGUAGCUUGCCAUGUCCAGGCACCUUCAUCCAAGUUUGCCAGGAAUUGCAGAGAAUGUGGGGAGGGGGUUGUCUCAGGAUGCGGGGUCCGCAGCAACAGUGUAAUAGGAUUGGGCUUCUGUGCACAUAUCCUGCUUGUGGGCUUAUCAUAGGUUUCUGAUCAGGCCCUGUGAGGUUGCUGGACUGGCCUUUGGCCUGUCGCAGCAGAGCUUUUCCAGAAGAAAUUGUGCUUCAGUGCCUAAAGGCACUGGGGAAGGAAAAAGUGGCAAGAGAGACAUGCUGAUAGCCGUCUUCUGCAUGUGCCUGAGGCCUAGGGAAAAGGGUCAUCUUUAUUUUUGACUAAGCAAUGACAGCAGUAGGAGUCUUUGGCUAUGAAGUCAGAAAAGACGGGAAAAGAUGGCUCCUUUCCCUCCCUCUCUUUCCAGUUCACUGAGAACACAGGGAAGGGAGGAACUGAUGGUGACAACGAUAGCAUUUAUUAUUAUUAUUAUUUGACUUUAAAAAGAGCAUAACACGAUUGAGUUUUUCUCAAGGUAAGGGUGGAUGGAACUGGGCCCAUGAACCUUUGUAAAGGCAAAGGCAAAGGGACCCCUGACCAGUCGUGACCGACUCUGGGGUUGUGGUGCUCAUCUCGCUUUAUUGGCUGAGGGAGCCGGCGUACAGCUUCUGGGUCAUGUGGCCAGCAUGACUAAGCUGCUUCUGGCGAAACCAAAGCAGCGCAUGGAAAUGCUGUUUACCUUCCCGCCGGAACGGUACCUAUUAAUCUACUUGCACUUUGAUGUGCUUUUGGACUGCUAGGUUGGCAGGAACAGGGACCGAGCAGCAGGAGCUCACCCCGUCGCAGGGAUUCAAACCGCCAACCUUCUGAUCGGCAAGCCCUAGGCUUUAUUAUUAUUUGAUGAAAUGAAACCAUUUGAUGAUGGUUGGGGUCUUGAUACACAAUUGUCUUCCUAACAGGGCAUUGCAUCAGUUCUAGUAGGCAGAAGCCUAAUUUACACCUAUGCAGUAUAAAGUAAAAUUGCAGUAAUUGUCUGGAGGAGCUUCUCUUCCAUUAAUCAAAAUAAGCAUUUUUAAAGAAGUGUGUUCCACAUCGGCUCUAAUGCUUGUUAGAAUAGAAAUAGAACAACGCUAUUAAAACCUCACAUUUUAAGAGAGUUUGUUAAAUAUUUUAAGUAAGGGUUCACCAAGUUGUCCAUUUUCUCCUGUGAAUUUUUGACAACUUAGAUCACCAUUUAUGUCCCUGCUGUUGGGAUCACUUAAUUCAUACUUUAUAUUUCAAGAGAAACUCUUUAAUAUGAUGACCAAUUUCCUGGGUGUUUAAGGUAACCUUAAUGUAUGUAGGAGAUUGAGUGCUGUUGCUGUGCCGAAUCUAGUGGCUUCUUUGUUGGCAGAAAAGAACUUUUAAUUCCUUUCCAAGUUCUACAAUGGCUGCUGCAUCACAAAUAUGUGUGGACAAAGCCAUGACUGUGUGUUGUGUUAUUUCCCCCCUCUGUUUUAAUUAAAGCCCAGCCAUUUCAGCGUAGAGAUUGGCUUCUCCCAGCAGUGCCAAUGGACCGAUUUUUUUCCAUAAGCCACAUUCUGGUUCAUAAGCAUAUAAUCAGCUUUUGAAAAUUACUAGACCAAGCUCUUGUGGGCUACACAAUAUCUUUUGCAUCAAAGCAAAUUCUUUCUUAAAUGUAGCUACUGAAAUAAAAUAGAAUAACAUUUGCCUAGGAAAAUAGGCAAUAAGUUGGCUAAAGAAAAUCUGAUUUAAAGAGGCAAAGGUUUUCUCUUGUAAGGCCACCAUCUGUUCUUCCCCAUCGUAGAUGAGCUCAUCUUCACAACAUACAUUAUACCUUCUUGGGUUUUGCUUUGUUUUUUUGAUUGCCAGAAGCUAAUGUCUUAAUCCACAUGUUCAGUAGCCAUAACAUUUGGGACAUUAAUUGAGGACAUGACAUGAAAUGGAUUAGGCUGCUCAAUGAUACUUUAAUGCAAAGGAGAAUGUAGCUGAUGGUGUAGGGAGUAUGAGUAAAUCUUCGUCCUUGAGCAGUUAAACAAAAGCACUUCUGUUAAUGUUCUGUAAUGGCAACAAGAGGUUGGAUGCUAAGGCAAUAUGUUGAAUUAGAUGGGUUUAUAUGGUACAUUUGACUCUUUCAGUAGAUACUGCUUUUAAUCUUAUUUAAUGAUAUAAGCUCCUGGGUCUAUUUUCAUAGAUUUCUAGUAGUCUGCCCUUGGCUCUGUUCUUCCUUUCACCCUCCUCGUUCUAUACAAGCUGAUUUGCUUUCAGUUCCUUUGUAUCUUUCUCAUAAACUCUCUGUUUGCUGCCUUGAAACAAAGUUGAGAAAUAUUUGCUUCUCAUAACUGAAUUAUUUGAAAAUAUUUUAUGCCUGGCUUAUAUAUUGCAGAAUAUUUUGAGUUAACACCUCUCUUUCUAUCUACCUGCCUUUUUUAUUUUAUUUUUAUAAGUCCUGGUCCUGUCUUCUCUCUUUGCCUUGUUCAGACACUUUCCCAGAAGUCUUAUAUAGUCUGUCACUACUUCGCUAUUAAAUAUAUUAUGUAAAGAUCCUUCAGCAGUAGCUGGCCUUUUCACUGGGCUGUAAAUGACUAAACAGUCAUUAAAAUAUUUUAAACUUGUACUCAUAACAUUCAAAUCUGUUGGCUGACUUGGGACUUUUUAUUAGGAAUUUUCACAAGGCACAAUUUUGCUGUAAUACAAUGAUCCAGCAAUUAAUAAUAAAGAAAAUAAACACAUCUGUUAUUAUUUACAGUUUCAACUAAAUUUUGUUGGGUUACUAACAAAGAAUGUGGAUAAAUAUUAUGAGAGUUUUAUAAAACUGUACUUCGUAAUGUCAUGUGGAUUGUUUGGUCCAUGUUGGCUGCAGUUGGGUCUAGCCAGUGAUUCUCAGCUGAUGGGCCACAGAGUCUGCAAGUUAUGCUCCUCCAGCCAAUGCUUGAUUCCUCAGUCACCCUCUUCUUUGCAGUGGUAUCUCCAGGAAUGCUCUCUUAUUGCUAAGAAGCUUGUGACCAGUGGAAAAUUGCAGCUUUGGCCUAUGUCUUCCCCACUUUUCUUAGUUGGUGCUUGGUGUGAGCUGGACUUGGGAGAGCAAGAUACAGAAAUGCAGUGGUUUUUUUGCUUUUUAUUUCCCACUGUGCUGCUCUGUCUGCAAAGUGCAUUAUGCCUGGUCUUUUCUGGUCUCUCAUGUUGCACUAUACAUAGCACUUACGGUUGGGAGGCAGAAUGCAUGGCAUGGCGGCUUGAAGGCCUUUAAUUUGAUUUUAGAGGGCUCUGUGCUAUGAAGCAUUGGCGGUCUUUCUGCUUUUGAUGGAUCUACAAUUUUUCCCUUAAGGGGCAAAAGUCUCUUGCUCUCCCCCUCUCCCUCCCAGUGUGUUUACAUUAGCAGUAGUGGCAGCAGCAAGGGGGAAACAGAAGAGGAGACAGAAUUAUUUCUCCCCUUUGCCCCUUCCCACUACUGCUGCUAAAGGAAAGUUUUCAAAAUGCAAGCUUCCUUCUGUUGCUUAUUCCAGCGGCAGAACAGGAUAAUUUUUCUGUGCUCUGAGAGCAUCCCUGUGCCUCCUCCUUUGUAGCUCAGCUGGAUAACCCAGCCUCCUUGCAAAUCCCACCCUGUGGUGAUCUUUUCCACUUCCAAAUUUGAGAUCGAAAGGAUCAGCACUGGACAGGCUUGGAUAGCCAGCAGAGAUCCAAAGGAAAGCUCAGAGAUCCUUGGGAAGCCCAUCCAAAGUUGAAACACACACAUUCACAGCAAGGCUGUAAUGUUGCCACCUCCCUAACCCAGGACCUGCUUUUUACUGAUUGCAUUUGGCAUUAUUGGGCAUUAUUCAUAUUCAUAAAACAUAUUCAGAUGAGAAUAUGAAGAACAAAUGUGUUGUAGGUUAUAAUUUUGAUUCCUUUAUAUCGUCACACUAGAAAAACUCCCUAUUAAAUUUGAGUCUUGUGAAAUUAUACUAUUCAUUCAUAGAGUAUUUCUUUGCGCUCACAUUUAACACAAUAUGCACGGUAAUGCAAUCCCAAGCUGGUGUAUGUUUUGGUUUUUGUGUGGAUGUUUCUCUUAACCUUUGAAUAAAACUUUUGGGGAUUUAAUGUUCUUGACAGGACGAAGUUGGCUCAGAAAAUACCGCCAGUUCUGGAGAGCUUGAGAAACAGGAUUCACCUCCACCAAAGCCACCUCGAACUCGCAGGUACUCCUGGAGAACUACUCCUAGGGAAUCGUUUAUUAUGGACCCAUUUUAUUUCCUUUAGUAUCUGGUCAGAUGAGCAUAUGCCCAAGAACAAAUUUAGUCAGCUUAUUGGUGUAAGGCAGGAAUGGAGAACCUCCAGAUGUUGCUGUACUACAACUCCCAUCAUUCUUGACCAUUGGCAGUACUGGCUGGGACUAGGGGGAGUUGUAGUCUAACAACAUCUGGAGAGGCACAUGGUUUCACUUUCACCCUUGGAACAUUUCAUAGGGUGCUGUAUUUAUGUAAUAUUAGUUUGAUAGUACUCUCAUCAGACUCCAGUCUGGUAGUCCGUCAGAUGUUUAAGAAGGCAUGCAACUUCUUGGCAACUUCUUUUAGGUUAGGGGAAAACAUUCCCAGGCCACAUCCUCCCAACAGAUUCAGUUUACUGAGUUGCAAGUUAACAUAAUAAUUUUAAAGAUUUCACUGAACGUUGCAUUAUAGUCUUAUUUUCCUAAUUCAAUGAAGGAAAAGCACCCUGGCUUAUGAGACUCACUUUGCCCGUCAGCAGACACUACUGCUCAUCACAUCUUGCUAAAGAAAGAGUUUUAUUAUGACAGCCAUGUGCUUUUUGCUUCAUGAUUUCCAUGAAGUGCCCUUCUAUAAUGAUUGCUUACUAUCUCUGUGCCUGUCAUCUGUUCCAUUUUAAGCAUUUACAAACAUCUUCAUCCUAUUUCAUAUUCAACAUUCUUGUCCUUUCAUUCAUCCUUGAAGCAAGUGUAGUCAUUUGAUGCUUGUAGAGAAAGCUGUGCUUAAAAAUAUUCUGGAUUUUCUGUAAAAUAAAUCUACCUGGUGACAUACUUUCUGGAUCUUAAGGCAUGCAAGUCCAUAAAUGAUAGUAUUGUGUGUGUAUCUGCUAACGUCUCGAGUGGCAACAAGAGAGACAAUGCGGAAAUAUAUUGUAGAUUAGUUUGCUACAUUCUAUAUACCUGGGUGAAUGUCAGGGUUAUGGACCUCUGACAAACAAUGUAUUUUAUAUCUACAUGCAAUAAACUGGAAAAUUAUAUAACUGUGGCCUAAUUCAGACUUCAGCAGUCUAAUCAAAACAAGGUGGCACGAAUCAAGCAGUUAAUCCAAGGAUAGUCUUCCUUAUACAUUAUUUCAAGUAUGGGCUUUCCCAUAGACUGCUUGUGUCCCAUGUUAUAUGUAUAAUAGAGGGGUUAUACCAUCAUAUCAGGAAUGUCAUAAUCAGGAAGGCAUUCCAAUGUUCUGUCAAACUUAAUAGAAGCUGGUGCAGUCGUCAUGCUUUGCUGCAGUAAGCAUUAUACCCCUGCCCCUCCAACACAUGUAUUUCAAAUUUUGCCACAAGGGGGCAUUGCUUUCCUGCAGACUGCUGAUAAUCGCAUGCUUUAUUGUAGAUUUUAAGCAAUAAAUAGUAGGUUCUGGUGGUUGCCCAUAGGCAAUAACAGCAUGAUACCAUCUUUUCUUCAUGUGUUAAAUGCUUUCUUGAUAUUUAAUGUGUUUCUGGGUUGACCUUUAUUCAAAUAUUGGAUGUAAAAGUUAAGGGUGUUUGAAGAAAGUUCUGUUUCCUGGGAUUAUUACAAAACUAUAGCAUUUGGUUCCUAUUUUGUGGAUUUUGACGUUCUAACUAUUUUGGAUAAAAUGUGCCUAUUUUUUAUUGUGAACGUAAUUCUGAGAAAGGGUUUUUAAAGUUCAUAUUCUGAAUAGGUAGCUUAUAUAAUAAAUGUACAUAAUCCUUAAUUAUGGAGUACUUACACAAUUAUUCUCUUUAGCUGCCUUGUAGAAGGAGAUGUAAAAGAAGAAAUUCUGCAGCCUCCAGAGCCUCAUCCAGUACCACCCAUUUUAACACCAUCCCCUCCUUCAGCUUAUCCAACAGUAACAACUGUUUGGCAGGACAAUGAUAGAUACCAUCCAAAGCCUGUUCUGCACAUGGUUUCUUCAGAGCAUCCAACAGACCUCAAUGAAAACUACAAUAAGUCAGAAGAGCAUCCAGGGAAGAAUGAAGUCUCUGAACGUGUAGAGAAAAAGCUUGAGCGCAACCUGAGUUUUGAAAUUAAAAAGGUACCCCUUCAAGAGGGGCCAAGGAGCUUUGAUGGGAACACCCUCUUGAAUAGGGGACAUGCAAUCAAAAUUAAAACUGGCUCAUCUUGUGCGGUGGAUAAGACAUCUAAACUACAGGAACAAGGCUCGGGAGAUGCUCCUACAGAUACCUUCCAAAACUCUUGUAUAGAAUGCAAUAUGCAGCCACUGAAUAAAGCUGUAACAUCCUCACCUGAAGGCCAUCAUUGUCUGUUAGGUUCUGAUCCUCUGCAAAGACCAGACUGUUUGCCUCUCAAAGAGAAGGGACAUGCUAUGUGGUCGUUACAAGGGACAAAAAAUGUACAGCCAACAUCAACACCAGAGGACACAUCUCCAGCUGUUUUAUGUCAUGGGAUUAAAAAUCUGUCUGUAGUCUCGAACUCACCAGCUCAAAUGGAUGCUCCUUCCAGUGAAUCAGCGGAUCAUUAUCACAGUGGCAUGCUUCCAGUUAGAGUACCCCUUUGUUUUACAAAUCCUCUGCAUUCUGAUGAUUCUGAUACAGAUGAAAGAAACUCUGAUGUGUCUAUGACACAAAGCAUGUCUAAUGUUUCAACUGCAAGUGCCACGGUUUCUGUGGCUGCUGGCACAGAAAACGUUUCCGCUAGAAAAGUAUUGCCCAUGUCCAUUGCAAGACAGGAUGCCUCAAUCAUAGCUGAUAAAGGUAAGCUUUACUAGAUGCUAUCUAUAUUAGAAAUACUAAAUUCGUAGAGUUGGAUCCUAAGCUUGUGAAAGGGAAAGGUUUCUUGUGCAAGGAUUUCCCUCAUCCCUUCCUGAACAACAUCAGCUGUGGUGUGGGAGUGCAAAAUUGGACUGAGGUGCCUUGCACAAGCACAUUUUCACUUGCACAUACUGAAUCCAUGUGCUUUUCAGUGAGUCCAUCACAGACCACACUGUUCAGCAGUGUUCCCCAACUUUCUAGAGUAGGUGUUGGGGUUGCAGCUGGAAUUGGCUGGCGGCUAAAAAAGAUCCUUCUGCAACCUUUGGAUCCAACUUAGAAAACUAAGGGGUUGUGCAUAUUAUAAAGGUAGGUGCCAACACUCAUCACAUUUUGGUAACAGCUAAAAACAUUUAUUUUCUCAGAUCUUUGCAGGGUAUCUAUACAAGUUGACCAUAAUAACUUAAUAUGUUCGCUUUGACCUAAUGUUUGCUGCUAUUUUAUUUAUUCUGUUAGUAGGUUUUAAUAGUGUGAGCAAGCAAUCCUUGUUUUUGGGCCCCCUACGUGCUCCCAAAAAUCUGAUAUGAAGUGUGACAAGGGGUGACAUGGGGCUGGAGGGGGAGAAGUGAAAUUAGAAGUUUAUGUGAAACUGCUACGUGGAAGUUUUCAUAAAUGAGAGCCAACAUGAAGUGGAGUAGGACUGGCCAUUAAUUUCUUCAGGUUGGCCUUGGAAACAUCAGCCUUGAUAGUAGAGAACAGCUGCUGUCAUUCAGGGGCUCUUUAGUUGGGGAGGGGGCAGUGACUAUUAGUCACAGCUUCCAAUUCUGUUAGCUUUAAGCAACCAGCUCUCCUGCAUGGGUAACAAACACUGGAUCCUUGUAGGGCUGAUUUUUGGAAAAAACACAAUAGACUUAUGAGUACAUUGUAAAUCCCCCGAGUCUUAACCACUAACUUACCUUUGGGCAGCUGUGUUAGCCAAACUGAUAGGCAUAGAUCUAUUUAAAAUAGUUAUUAGAGGGAUUAGCAGGAAGCCGUAACCAAAGGUUGCAAUGUUCUUUUUCCAGGCACCAGUUACCACAGAAGUUUUAUAGAAUUGUUUAGGGCUUGCAAAGCUGGGAGAGGUUUCAGGAGGGGGAAGAGGGAAAAGGACACCUUUUUCUGCCCUCUUGAAGCCUCAAUUUACUGUGCUAAAAGAAUGGGAGGGUGGAGGUUUUUUAGAGGUCCUCCUUUUCCUGAAAUCUCUCCAAAUAGCAUGGAGGAGGUUAACACUCCAAACACAAUUCCCUUUCCAAGAUGUAUGUGUUGUGUUCCUGAGAGUGGGAAAGGAAAAAUAUGUCCUCCGUAAUAAACCUUCUCCACUUGUGACAGGGAAUGAUCUCUUGGUGUGCACCUCACUUCUCCAAUUCCAAGGCACUUACUAAGGUUUGAAACAUACAAAUUUUGUCUGUGAAAUCUCAGUCCAGAAAAGCAAUCAAACUGCUGCUUUAGAUUACGGUAACAUGCUUUUCCCCUGUGUGUUUCUGAUUGAAGGUGCUGUUUAGCUUCAGUAGUGCAUGUUUUUUAAUGGAAAAGGAAACAGGGUUUUUUUGGCAAUUUGUCCGGGAAGUAACCAGUCAUCUCCUGUUGUCCUUAGUGUUUCCACACAGGUGUCCUUCAAAUGCAGCCGCUGCCAUGUGGGAACUGCUUAUCUAAGAUCAGAUGCCAUGGGGCUGGGGGCUGCAUGUGAAUGGGGCCACCUCAUGGGUCUUUCCAAUUUUAUCGGUGUCCAGUGUUGUUGUUUCUAUAGUUUGUGUUUCAGAUGCACACAAUGCAUUAGCAAGCCAAACACACAUUUGUUAUAUCUCUGUUGGGUCUAGUUGUUUUGCUCAGUAGUUGUCUAGAUACUUGGGUGGUGUUUCCUUAAUUCUUCUAAUAGCAGUAUUUGUAGAAAGAGUGUUUGCGCUUUAUCUCUUUUGUUGCGCAUGCACAUGCAUCUGCUCUGACCUUUAUACCCACCUUUAGGAUAGAUACUAUAAAAUGUUUGGGGUUUAAAUAAGUCUUUCCUGCUCCCCCUUUCCUUCCUUUCAUUUCAGUGUAUGCCUUUAACGUUUUGUUGGCCCUGAAAGCAGUUGGACUGUUUGUUUUUUCCUAAUUAAAAGAAUUAAUAUUUUACUGGUAUGUGGGAAUAGCUCCAGCUGAAUAGGUGUGGAAUUGCCUGGGUUUAAUAGUAGAAGCAACAAGUUGGAACCCACACCAAAAUGUAAGGUAUGCGCUCCUUCAGGGCUCUGGAGUAUGAGCCCUGGGCUGUUAAAUGCUGGGACUGGGUUUUCAGGAGGAGAAACUGUUCCCUCUCCUGAAACUGUUACUUGUGCUAAAAGGCUCACAUUUGGAGCUGGAGAUUCACAGAUGUAAACUGGCUUGCAUGCAGAGCUUAUUGGGUUCAUUUCCCAGUAUCUCUAGAUAGGGCUGAGAAUACUUCAUUCUGAAACCCUGGAGAGCUGAGCCAGUGGUCUGACUCAGUACAAGGUAGCUUCCUCUUUUUAAAAAAGCAUUAAAAAAUUGUUGCAACGUGGGUCCUGUUGUCUGGUGACUUCCAAGCUUUUUGGAUGUUUAGGAUUGCUGAGCACAGAAUGUUGAGGGUGGGAUGGGAUGGGGAGGCUUGAAGUAGAGAAACGAAUUGGCCACUCCAAGUGCCUCAUGUCUUCUAGAAUCCUGAAGGUGGGUGGGGAGGUGAAGAACUCCCCUACUUGCCCUGUACAGGGAUGCUUCAGAGAAGUGGGAAGGAGCAACAUACCUUCUUCCUGCUCUCUAGAAAUCCAACCAGCUUUCAUUUACUUUCUUCCAAGCAGCUUUACUGACAUUCUUUUCCUCCAUGGACUGGUGUAGCUGUUGUGCACAGGGGAAGGGACAGUGCAUGUGAUCUGCCUAGCUUUGGUACUGACAGGUCUAGUGUGCCCUGAAGUUUUGUUAGCUACCAUAACUCAGCUAGAUUCUGGCUCACCUGUUGUGGCUUGGCAUCCAGUCUCCUUGCUUGCUCCUUGCCAGGUGUGGGAAAGUGUUUCAUAGGGUUCCUUCCCAGAGGUUCCUGUGCCUGACACUGUAUCACAGGUGCAGGAAAGGUAGGUGUGGCUUGCCAUCCCUGCAAUAAGUCACACUGAGCCCGCUACCCUAGUUUAUUGUGGCACGUGAAUGCUGCCUCUGCGUUGUAUUAUGGACUAUGAUCUACUGGUAGAUCACUCAAUGUCUGUGGUAGAUCACAGCUAUAUUCUACAGGUCUGGUUGCCUUAGAAGCAAUAUAUCAAGCAUUUAUGGUCUGUUAUAACAGGUGAGAAGUGUAAAGGGAAGUAAAAUAAGAGAGAACAGCUCUUCUUCUACUGUUUAUGCACAGGUUAUCAGUGAGUUAUCUCCUUCAGGUGCUGUAGAUGUGCAGCCCCACAGCUUCUGCUUUCAGAUUAUCAUACCUGGUUUAUUUUGUUCACAGUUGUUUCAAAAUCUUGGAUUUGAAGACAUCAACACAUCUGAAAAAAGAACUUCUCACAUUUAGUUCAGGAUUAAGUCUGAAAGUCUAUUCCACGUUUGAAAGGAAUUGUCUACAUGACAUAUUCAUUGUCUGUGAAAUAAUACAAUGGUGAUUGAAUCUGUCCAGUCUGUUCAGCAAAAAUUCUUCAGAAAGUCAAUUGAACAUCCUAAAUGCGUCUUUCAUUGCUGUGCAGAUCUGACUUUUUAGUAGUCCCAUUAGCCUCAGUGGGUCUUUCCUCCUCUACUUGGGCAUUGUUUCCUUGUAACUUUAUAUUAAUACAACUUCUAGCUGUAAUAUGCUGCUUGAAACCAGAAGUAUAAUAUUUUGACCCUACCUGCUACUGUAACAUAGGCAUUGUCAGCCAAGCUCUGUAAACUGCUUGUUUUAAUGCCUUGACAGCAGAACUCUAUUGUAUGUCCAUUUAGAAGUCUGUCACAUUGAAUUAAAAUAGGAUGUGCUCCCAGAUUAGUAUGUAUAGGAUUGCAGCAUGAAAGAAUUUCAGUUGCCAUUACUUACAUGACUUUCCUGGGAAAGUAGAAAGGCUGGAUCCAUUUUAAUCUAAUGGUUAGCUUGGUUAAAGGUCUGCAUCCUGUCAUCUUAAUGAAAAAGCAUUAAUCUGUUGCUGCAGUUCCAUGGCUUCCGCCUACUACAGGCAUCUUGCCAAGUGAAUUAAUACAUCAGACAAGGCAUCUAAAUACAUUGUGGGCAGCCAGCCAUUUUGUGGUUAUUGUACAAAACACACUUGUACAAAGCCAGCAGGGCUAUGCCCGACUGUGAAAAGUAUAUUCAGUUAAAACCUUUAUUACAAAUGAUUUAAUAUUUUAUUUUGUCCCAGGCACUCUUUUACAUAAUGUACUGUUUAAGUGUUAAGGUUUUCUCAAUUUUUGGUGACUUUAGAUGCUGGUGUUUCUGAAGACUCUUCUUCUCCUCCUUUACCAGAAAGAACUCCAGAAUCUCUUGAGCUUGCAAGUGAGCAGAGUGAGUUUCAUUGUACUGUGUUGGUUUCACAAAAGUCAUGAAUCAAACUUGUGCAUUAAAGGAGCACUUUGGCCAAAUAGCGAUAGAUAUUGAGGUAACCAGAAGCUGGAUAAUGCAUGUAGUGACAAACAAAUAGAUGUUCAGGUAAUUUUAGUUUGCUGCAUUAUUGUUUUGGCUUAUAUAGUGGGCUUCCACUUACCCUGGUUACCUAUGGUAAAAUUUUUCUGGCUGCUGCGUUGCAUAGAAAGAUACAUGCACCCACCAUAGUGCCCUGUGCUGUGUUUAUAUAGGACUGUGCUCCUACAGUUGCAUUGUUCUCCCUUUUAGUCAGUUACUGGCUUUGGGAAGGCUAGAUUGGGAAACAUCAAUAUACAAGGGGCUAUUCAACUAAUUUUUACUUGGUAGACCCACUGAAUUUAAUUUCAGUGGGUUUACUGAGAAAAAUUCAUUGACUACCAUUUUCAAUCCCCAUAUUGUAAUGUUGUGUAUUUUAAAAAUACUGUAACUACCAAUCUUGCUGAACUGUUAAGCUUUUAUUGUUUUAUUGAACUGGUACAGCAGCAUGUCUACUGAAUAAUGUAUUUUAAAAUUGGUUUUCAUAGUCACAACUCCCCCCAAAGCUGUUAUCCUUUCACGAUCUGCUGAGUGGAGUUUCUCGCAAGACCAGAAACCUUCUGAUCAACCAAAAUGUACAGUAAGUAUGGGAUCUUAGCUUUGGGAAUAUGCUUCAGGGAUGUACAGCAGCCAUGUGCAGCUUCCGGUCUCCAAGCCUAAUUAGCCCCACUGGGUCUCCCCAUUUCUCCUGUGAGGUUGCUUUGGGCAGGCCAUGCCCAGCUGUCACUCACCCGACAUCCUAUGAUAUCAGGAAUGAGAUGGAUAAACUGUGGGUGCAAAGGAAUGACCAUGAGCUCCAACUGGGAGCUCCAGAGUAUAUCCAAUUCUUGUCUGAAAGGAUCACAGCUUGCAUUUGGCACCAGGUCACAAAGGGACAAUUGGGAGCACAAUCUAAGCAGUGUUUUCCAAUGGCUUUUUUCCCUUACAGUGGUGCCCCGCAAGACGAAUGCCUCGCAAGACGAAAAACUCGCUAGACGAAAGAGUUUUUCCGUUUUUUGAGUCGUUCCGCAAGACGAAUUUCCCUAUGGGCUUGCUUCACAAGACGAAACGUCUUGCGAGUUCUUGCGAGUUUGUUUCCUUUUUCUUAAAGCCGCUAAGCCGUUAAUAGCCGCUAAGCCGCUAACAGCCGUGCUUCGCAAGACGAAGAAACUGCAAGACGAAGAGACUCGCGGAACGGAUUAAUUUCGUCUUGCGAGGCACCACUGUACUUGUUAUCAGGGUGGCCCAUGGAGGGUUGGCUACCUUUGAUUCUGGCCCUCUGACUGAAAGUGGUUCCCAGUCCCUGUGAUACACCCUUUGAGGGCAGAAUAAGUGUCUGCUUGUUCACUCAUUUUUCUUGUAGCUCCCCAAAGUAUCACUUGACUUUUGAUUUCAAUCCAAAUGAUUUCAUAAAAUCUUUACCCUCCCCUCAUCCAAAUUGUUUGUGCUAGCUUAAGAAGUUUAGCCCACUGAAGGAAUAGCUGCUUCCCAUGUAAACCUAAUAGGUCUCAGUACAUCAGCUGCACUCUAGAGCUUUUGCUGGGGGUACUAUUUAGGAAGAAAGUAAGAUUAGCGUGGAAGGUUGGGGUGGGAGUUUCUUGUCUUCCCCCAUAUUUAGAAUUUGCUAACCAGAAGGGUCACCUGAGCCCAGCGUGGAAGAUUUUCUGUGCAACCUCUUUAGGAAAGCAACUGAUAUUUUACUGUGUGUGCAUGUGCAAACUCUGGCAUGUAUGGUUGUCUUGUUUUAUUUUUAGCAGAAAAUGUCAUUAUGGGUUUAAUGUUUUCCAUGGAGUUAUACUGUAUUGUAAUUUAAGCCCCUAGAGUAUGUUGAAAGAGAAGGGAAGCUGUGAUAAAUAGGGAUGUGUGGCUUAAGGCAUAAACAGUUGCUACCUUGUUUUUUUACUUUAAAACAUGAACAAAUCCCUAAGAAUAAUGAAGUAUUAAAUCAGAGCUUCAUUGUGUGUGUUUGUGUGUCAAAUACUCACACGCACACACUUAUAUAUGAAUGACAACAGAAAGCUUAAGGUUGGGAACUGGUCCUCCAGUUUUUAUUGGAUUCCAGAUACUGACAUCCCUGACUGCUGGAAAUGCUGGUUGUAGCUGCUGGAGUUGGAACUCCAGUAGCCUUCGUCAUAUGCCACGCUUCUUUGUGUGGUAUAUAGACUUACUGGCAUCUGAAGAACACCACUCUUUUGAAACUGCCUAGAUGUUAUGGUUGCAGUGGCAGAAAUGCCAAAGGAAUGAUCAGCCUUUACUUUUCUCAGGAUUUUAUUGUGCAGUAACAUUUUUUAAAAGUUGAUACUUCCAAUUGAACAUAGGCAUCUAGCAUAUGAAUACAGUGGCCAGGUGAAAAAGUAGCCAGCAUUCCUGAACCUUUUAUAUAUGCAUAAAAGGAACUUUCUCUUUCAUACAACUGUUAAAAGUUGUAGGAGCUAUGUUUUCUUUUUCAUCUAGACAUUUUAUGUGUGAAUGGAAAUAUUAGCGAAUGUGGCUUAUUUAUUUUUUUAAAAAAUCAUUAUCUGAAUCAGUAAAAUACUUUUGAACCAACAUAAAAACAUUUCUAUUGUUAACAGGGAUUGAAAAUGGUGACUACACAGCCUGGUAAGCAAUUCGUUUUUUAACUUUAAAAGGGACUAGAUGUUUUGUUAAUGAGAUGAGAUGCUGAGCUACUGAAAUAUGCUGCUACUUGGCUACAAUAGAUGGAUUUCUCUCACCCUAGAUGCAUCUAGAAAGUCAUUCCACUUAUGUAUGGGGAAAGCAAAAUAGCAUUCUGAUUGUAGCAUCUUAGGCCUAUGGGGCUGCUGCUCUGAGACUGGACAUAGGGGGCUGCUGUUUGAAAGGGGGAGUUGAAUAAUCCUGUGUGUGAGCAGAACAGGUUUUCAUACUUGACCAGUAUUUUUGUUUAUAAAUAGCAGGUGUCCUUGUGAAGGUUGUUUAAGCUAGGUCAGAAUACAGGAGAGUAGCUUCUGACCAAACACUGGUUAAUUAACAGUUCCUGAAGUAGGAUGCCAGUAUUCUGAAAAAUAAUCUGUUCAAGUAAUGAGACUUUGACAGAUGAAGCUUCAUGUUCACAACUCCCUCUCAGUGCAACUGCUUCCCAUUUCAUCGCAAUCAGUCAGGUUUUUAUUGUUUGUUGCCAGUGGCCAUUACAAUGCAGCUCACAAAUGGACAAGGCAAUCCAGCAUAUAAAUUACACCACAAUAUUGAUAGCUCCACUUACACAUGCCAUUGCAGGAAAUGAGACGCCCUUCCUUGCAUUACUCAGAAUAUUUUUUUAAUUUGUCUUCCAAUGUGUGAGACUUUGACAUGCUAGUCUUGAAGCCAGAAUUAUGCCUUUUAACAUGGAUGUAACUUUAAGGAACAAAUUAUUUCAGUUAUCAAGGCAAUAUCUACAAAGUUGCUUUUAGUUUUAUAAUACUGGGCCUUUGGAAACACUCUAAACCAUACUUGGGACAAAACUGGAUAUUAACAGAAAUUUGUAAUUAUAACUGAAUACUUAGAAUUGCAAGUAUGGUUAUGCGUCAGUGAAUUUUUUUUCUUCCUCCCCAGAUCAUCCUGAGAUAGCAGACAAAUCACAGAUUGAUACUAUACCUCAGCUUCCUCUUUCCAGUCCUGUUGUUAAAAGAGGUCCAACACCAGAAGUUCCAGUUGAGACUACAGAUAUUGGUAAAUGGUUGCUUUUUAUUGAUCUGUACAUAACUCUUGUAGAGUGGCUUUUGAAAAUACAUGAUGUACAUUAUUUGACCAAUGGUUAAUGUAUCAGGAGGAAACAGUUUAUUUCUUGGUAGCCACAAAAUCUCUUUUGUAACAGCUAAAGGUUGAAUUCAUUGUGGAUAAGCAGUAAUAAUUGUGGAAACUGCAGCACAUAGUGAGAUGUCAAACUUUGUUAGGCUAGUGACACUAAAAUGUUACACAAGGUCUAAGAUAUAUGGGCAUAAUUUAGCACCAUUAAUCUGGAUGAGGUUCAGCAGGAAAGAUUACUUUAAAUGCAGUAAUUGUGAAAAUUACUUCAGUUUGUGAGUAAGCUGAGCAUGUAAGAAGUAUUUCAGACUCUUAAUUUUUACAAUUUAUUAUUUCCACAGGGAAUAAUAUUUAUGAGAGGCAUCUCACAUGGGUUGUGAUAGUUGCUUUAUGAACAUGCCUGCUUAUUUUGUCCUUUUCCCAUUUCUUUUGCUCUUUUGGGCGAGGUGCUUGAAGCAUAAUGAACACUUGAAGAAUAGCCCCUUAGAUUGAGAACUUGUUUCAAAACAGCAGAGUCCUAUCUUUUAUAUGUUUUCGUAUACUGGCUUUUCAUUAGCAAUAUUUCUUUUCUUUUGCUACAUUCGUUUUUUCAACUUAUCACAGUUCUUUUCCCCUUUCCCUUUUUUAGGUUUUGGUAACCGUUGUGGAAAACCAAGAGGACCGAGAGAACCACCUUCAGAAUGGACAUGAUGCAAGAACAAAUGGACAUUUUUAAAUUAUACUGGAAUAUUCCAAGUGCCACUGAACUCGAUCAAUAAAUAGUAUUCCACUUUUUAUUUUUUGGGACUAACACAGUGUACAUGCAACUACACAAUGGUACACUCUUCUAUACAUCCACACAAACAUUAAGCAUUCACAAGAGUGUUUUCUAGUAUUGUAAUCUAACUUUGCUGGGGCCAUCAAUCUGCCUUACUACAUUUAGGAGAAAGUAUUACAUAUGGUUUAUUUUGUUACUUCAAGUAUUAUUGCCUUAAUGUCUUUUAACCUGUUACACACUGUUUAUAGACAUGUUAAUAUGGUGAAACUUUUGACAAAUUGAGUUUAUGGACUUUUUUGCUAACGUUUGAUUACCAUGUACACUUUAUUUUGUAUAUGUACAGGGCAAGCAGGUAUAUAAUUUGAUAAAGCUGCAAUCAUAAAGUAUUAACAGAAGGUGUAAGAAAUCUCUGCAUGACCUAAUUUUUUUGUGUACCUUGUAAAUUAUUUGCCCUAAUGUUUUAGUAAAUAGUUUUCAUUUUAAAAAAAAGUUGGGCGCACAUCCACAAUUACAGGAUAGCAGAGAUGAAGAUUGUAAUACAUUUUGUAAAUUGUAAGCAAAAGGUUAUUUUUAUAUUAUAUACAGUUUCACUGUCAGUCAUAAUUUGUCCUGGUUUUCAUCUAGUCAUGGAGUCCAUAAGUGCCUUGAAAAUAUCAGAUUUUAGCAUGAAUAUGUUCACUGAUUGAGAUCAGCAUAUCAACUUAUUUGAACUGCCAGUAAAAAAAGAGAACACUUCAACUCACUCUAGUUAUCAUUUGUAAUAUAUCUGUUAAGAAUAUGUAGAAUCAGCUUCUAAAAGGAAAGCAUUUAAGAGUGUAUAUUUAUUUUACAAGCCCUUCAGAGCCACACUGGUAAGAGAUCAUUGAGACAACUUCAAUGUACCUCAAUGUACUUCAAAGAGUUUCACUCUUACCCUUCACCCCUUCACAUGAUGUGUGUGUAAAACUCCUGUAGUCGGGUAGGAGAGCCGAAAAGAAUGCCAAUAUAUUUCACGUCUGGCAACCAAUGUGCCCCUUGGGUUUCAGACAAAGCCCAAGACACACAUUUUCCACGGCCCUCCAACGGCUAUUGUAGCUCAUUUACCAGAAGUAAUGUAUUUAGUGUUAACUUUGAAUUGUAUACUUGAUUCUGACCAAAUUAACCACCUGAAGCAAAUUAUACAGCGGGAUGACCCCAAUAUGACCAUGUACUAUCUGAAACCAAAAGGGCACACUGGUUGCCAGAUGUGGAAUUUCCCCCCCCCCCCAAGCUCUUCUACUCCACUAUUGAAAAUAUACAGAUUCAAGAUUUAUUCUCAUAAGGAUCCACUACACAUAUGUGUUUGUUUCUGUAUUAAGAGAAUAUUUAAAUUAAAUAACUCAUUUCUU